AUGCCGGCAGGUGAGGCCACAGGAAGGGGCGGCCUGGGGUGGAGGGGUAGCACUGGGUAUUAAGCUCUGGGGGACAUUUAGGACAAAAUAAAGGGGUUUUGUGUAUUUUUUUUAAAUUUACUUUUUUUUAAAUAAACCCUUUAUUUUGGGCUAAAAGGUAAAUUCCUGGAUAUUCCCUCCAUCAAGCAUUUGAAUACUACAUACACCAUGUGUUCCCUGAGAGUGUUAAUCCUACAUGAAAAGGGCUGCCCUGGUGUAUGUAGACAUCAUAUGCUGUUGGGAAAUUUAUUUAUUUUUUUAAUUUGUGUGAAAAUAUGUAAUAUUAUUUGGGGAGGGAGGUGGGUGUAUGUUUUAAAUUAAAUUUUUAUUUUAUUUUUUCAUGUGUAUAUAUUGAAAAUUUUGAGUAAUUCCUUCGCCUGUCUUUCUCAAGUCCUUUCUUUCGGCAAUCUUUACGCACCUUAAUUUGGGUUGUCUGUUACCUGGGACAAAGCUCGCUGUAUUGCGGACAACCAUGAAAACCAUGUACGUCCGCUCGCGGUAUUUCCUCUUCGAUGACUUUGAGAAAGCAGCAGACCCAUUUACAACUGGUCGGCAUUGGGUCCGAUAACUGACAACCCAAGGAGUGCAAAGAGAUUGUCCGAGGGGAUGGAAACCGUAGCAAGGGGUGUCUUUGAGAAUUUCCAUAUACAUGAUUUGAAAAAUAUUUUAACAUAUAGUAUUUCUUUGCCACACUGUAGGCUUUAUACACUUUUGCCCAAUAGCAAUAAGUGGCCUGUUUUGAAAGAAAGCACACAGUGGGUUAUUCACUAAAAUGUGAAAAUAGUGGGAAUACCAAGUUUCACAUUUCAGACCAACGUAGUGAGAUUGGGAAAACUCUUCAUGUGAGCAAUUAUGGUCUCGGGUUUCAAAUUCUCUUGGAAUUUUCUGACCUUUCACAUUUCAGUGAGUAACCGACAAGUUCUGCCAAUUUAAUUCUUUGUCAGAGGGUGUGACUUUUUUCCUGUUCUUGUGAUAAUCAUAUUCUAUAUUCAAUAGAAUGGAUCUACAGUAGUAACAGAUACUCGUAGUGUAAUAUCAUAAAUACACCAUAUAGUAGUAUUUAAGGUUGCACUCACAAACUAAUAUUUAUUUUAAAGAUAUUUUACCAGGAAAGAUACAUUGAGAUUUCUCUCAUUUUCAGGUAUGUCAUGGGUCCACAAAACAUUGCAUUGAUACAAUAGGGUAAAAUAAAAUACAAAAACAUUAUACACAAUAUAUACAAAAUUUAACAUGGAACAGGUAGGGAAUGUAUAAUCAACCAUAACUCGUGUCUUCUGUUUUGAGGUAUGUAGAGAGGGAUCUCUUAAAGGACUUUAGGCUUGGGGAAGAUUUGAAAGUGUGCGGGAGGUCGUCCCAUAAGGCUUGCAGCGCAUCCGGUUUCGGGAGUAAGCUACAGAUGUUGCAGUGCACCAAAGAGAGGCUUUAUUUUGUGGGGAGAUUAGGACUAGAAUUAGUUGGGGGACCAGGGUUAGACUCCACAUCAUUUGCAGGGGCAAGUAACAUAAGGAAUAGGAAUUUGGACAUCAUUUUUGUUUGGCCAUUAAUUGAUUGAAGGCAUAUCAAUUAUUAAAGUUGGCAAAACAUCUUCCAUACGUGAAAGGGCAUUUGUAAGAGAAUAAAAAGCAAAUAAUAAAUGCAGACUUUUUUUUUUAAAAUUUUUUUUUUUUUUUUUGUGCAAGGAAAUAUAACAGGCUUGGGGUGCCCCAAAAGCAUUCCCUUCGCUAUUUUCAUCGUUUUUAACAUUGGGGUGUUUGAGGUUACAUGCACAUUUUUAGGUUAAUUGUGAAGACAUUGGUCAUGCUGAAACGUAACUAUAGGCAUACAUAUGUGUUAUCUUAGCGUGGUUGCAUAUAUCAGGCAAUAUCUCAACAGCAGAGAUGAGGUGCAAUUUUAAAACUAGAACAAGCUUCUCAGGCUUAGUCGUUUAUGUCCUUAAUACUCAAUAUUAAUCACUCUAAACAGUAUGAUAUGUAAGUAAGUUUGUGUGUGGUGUCCUGUCUCGUCUGAGCAGCUCUAGUACCAUCCUGGUAGAUUUGCACAUCUCUGAGUAGUUGAAGCAACUAAUGCAAGUGGCCUAGGCACUGAUCUAUCCAGUAAGUCCAGGGCAUGCGUAAUGUACCUUCGCUAGCUAACCUACUGUGAUGCAUAUACAGUCCUGUGGCACUAACUUAUAUAACAGAGACCGUAGUAGGGUUAAGUAUUUACAUGCUAGAACAGGGUUGUUAUGGUGGUCCAGUAGAUAAUGGCUUCUCUGGGCUGCAACUCACUGCCGAUAGUCCCCGGAGCAAUUCAUCCGAUGCCUGACCUCUUGAGGCCAUGUGGGCUUGCAUGCGGUGUAUAGAGGGUGGGUGCAGUUGGCGGAGUCUUGCUAGAGCUCGGUCCAAGGUCACAAGGAGGGAAGAGAGCGAGUGUCUCUAAUCGGUGGGGUUCAGUACUUCUCCUUUCUAUUGUGGAGCCUCUGCUGUCUUGGUGGCACGAGUUUUCACCGCGGGUGGGAGUGAUGGAGGGUCUGUUAAUCUCUAUUCUCUUGGGAUGCUUUUGCCUCAGUUUGUGGGUGAUUCUUCCAGGUUUUCCUCCCUUUAGCCCGCAGCUAAGGUGUGGGUGAUUGAGUGUGACGGUGUUGCGUCCGUGGGUUUUCCUGUCACCUCCCUCUGCCUGCGACUCUUUUUACCCAUUGCUUUUAGGUCAUGCAGGUCUGGUAUGGCUGUUUGUUGCCGCUCUUUAAGUUUUUGUGUUUUCAGAAGCGGCUGAAAAUCUCCAGCCGCUGCACGAUGUCAAACUGUCGGCUCAGUGUCGACAGCUUGCUUUCAGGUGCUGUGUUGUCAGCCGCCAUCUUAGGUGCAUCUCGUGAGGGACUGCAUCUCUGCGUUUCAUUUUUAUGUUUGAGAUGUGGUCUUGGCUGAUUGCUCCAGUCACCCUGUGUGGACCGGGUUAACCAAUGCCAGUCCCUGAGGGGGGAGGGUAGGAGGCAAGUGCACUGAGGGAUCUGUUCUCUGCUUUACCGUCCAGGAGAGCAGCCGCCUCUCCCCGUCUCGGCCACAGGCAGGCCUCAUUGUCAGGAUUACAGAAUGAUCUAGCACAUAGAAUUGUGUAACACAGAGGACUGAUAAGUAAUGUAUACCGGACCCUAGAAUGGCUGGACUAAUGUCCCAAAGAAUAGACAGGAAUAGCCGAGGUCAAGGGAAACAGAAAGAGACACAAAGAUAAGGAAAUGCCAGGAGUCAGGGAUGCCAGAAAACAGGGAAGUCAAAUAACCAGAAUUACCAGAAUCAAAUAAUGCGCUCUCGGGAAACCACGACAGGGCACUGAGCAGGAUGAGAACUGGGCCUAAAUACCCCUACUAUAGAUCUGAUAGGCUGUAGCUGGUCUUUGACCCCAAAGGCAGUUACCAGGUUCCAAUUUGCAUAAUUUUUGCUCAGCAUUAACCCUUCUGUGGAUUUGGUUGCUGCUCGGCACAACUUUUCCUGUGUGGACAGUAAAUGCCAUUAACCUCAUUUUUAUAAGCGGAUGAAUACGUGACACUCAUUUGCUCGUUGUCGGUUCCCGGGCGGUGAGUUUCUCGAUUCCGGUGUCUUCGGGUUCCCCCUAUACGGCUCGUGCCUUCUGGCAGGUGAAGGCGUUGAAUUUCGUUUUUUUUCCCCUUAUGUCUGGUUUGUCAUGAGCUGAUUUUCAGCGUGUCCGUCCAUUACUGUGGUUAGGCUCCGGCCCCCAAUGCAGACUGUGGUUUUUUUUUUUUUUUGUUUUUUUUUUAACCUGGUUGUGCAUGUUAGUUAAUAACACUUACAAGAUCGUAGUGAUACAUAUGCAUAUCAAUUCCCAGGAUAUUCUAGUCCUCAGCAGCAGUCCACAGGCUAUCUCAAUAGAGAAUAGGAAAACCACUUCCUCAAUUGGCAGUGAGAUUUAUUAAAUAAAACAACAAAAUUAGAACGAAAUAAAAUAAAACUGAAUAUUAACAAUAAAUGAAUAAAAAAAACUCUACAAUAGCCCAACCCUACGUGUUCCAUCGAUAAACUGCAGAUUUUCUAAGGGGUAAAAAUAAAUGUCCAAUCCUUUUUUGAAGAAAAUAGGACCGAAAGAUUAGAGGUGAAUUACUCCAGAAUCAUAAGCAUACAAGAGAAAUUCCAAUUUCAAAUAUGCGUUUAAUACCCAGUACAAUUCCAAAGCCUCCAAUAUUCAUCGUAUUAUUAAAAAGCACUGGUCACUUCCUUUAGAAGAUGACUUCUUAAAAACGAAACUUCUGAGGAAUCCUAAGACUAUUUAUUAAAACAAAUUUAAAAUUUUUUUUUUUUUUAAUAUUAUUGCCCCUAGCACCUUUCGGAAGGAAGCGGGUAGGUAGAAGUGCAAUAUUGAUUUCCACACAGGUGGAAACUGUAAAGCAUGUGGACAUUCUUAUAAGUCCUAUAAAGAUUUCAAAAGUACUCAGACAUCUGAAGUUUUUAAAGUUAAGUCACAUCUCUUGUUCCUCAACACAUGUUGUGUACCUGAUCACUUGUGGAUGUGGGGAGGACUGGGAGGCUAGAAGAAAAAGAUCUGUCACUCCAAUAAUAUGAAAUAAAGAUUAUUGAUUAAAAAUCUCAAAUACUUUAUUAAAUCAAAAAAGACUCACAGUUAACAGGACAAGCCCUAACUAUAGCUACCAGACACGAAAGUAUGUAUGGUGAGAAAUAACACACACGUGUAAAUAAUAAAGCACACAAACACACUGAGCUGGCACACAGAUAUAUAUCAAUAUGUAUGUGAGUCUUUUUUGAUUUAAUAAAGUAUUUUUGAGAUUUUUAAUCAAUAACCUUUAUUUCAUAUUGUGACAGAACCAUCUGUUUGGUUAUUUCAGGUGUAUUCGUCUGUUUCUAUCCUGUUCGUGCAAAUGGCUGUUUCCUAUAGCCUAGCCAUACGAAUGACUGUUUUUCCCAAACAAACCUACCGAACGGACGGCCACCCAGGAGAGAAGUGUGCUGCUAAUUAACCUAUUGAUCCCAAUUAGAACGUUGUGGUUAACCUCAGACCCUUCUCAAUUAAACCGAAUUCAGGGUGGUCGUCGUACGUAUGUCGACCACGAGGCAGCGGCCAUUUUAAACCACGCGAAAGCCCAGCGGUGUUUGGCUCUAUUUCUAUGGAACUAAAAACUGACACUUUUUCUGCCGAAAACCGAUGAAACAACGGAACGCCUGGAUGCCUCCACGAAAGCAUACGAAUACCGGCCGUUCGGGAGCUUUGAAGCAUACGAAAAGACUUAACCCAGAUAGCCUUCCCAUGGAGUCAUUCGUAUACCGAAGGACUGUAAGAACUUUGACUCCGUGGUGAUUGAACUAUGUGUGUGGGAUCUGAGCGCUAUUCGCUAAUAAUAUGCACUCAGAUCCAGGCUAUCUGGGGAUAUGUGAUAAGAAUGGGAAAUGUUCGGUUUUUGUGAAGUUCUGUAUUUUUAUGUCUUUUGAUUUUAUAUUUAAAAUGGCGACUGGCUUUGUCCUGGAGAUAAUUGAGUUACUCCUUAAUUAUCUCCAGGGCAGACAGGAGAAAACCAUAUUGCAUUGUGGGUAAAAUAUGUGACUGUGUGUCUGGAAUGUCCCCAUAUCUGUCUGUCAUUCAAGUCUCCCAUUUGGUCCCCUAGGAGAGUGUCCACCAAGUGGGAGACCUGCAUAAAUACUGGCAGGUAGCCCACAGUAAAGCCAGAUCCUGUUUGACCCUCAAUGCAGAGCUUCUGUCUCGUUAUUGGGGGGAUUUCUUCUUUACGCUUUGUGAGCGUAAAAGUGGAAUUGUGGUUGAUGGAAGAUACAUCAGGCCUGAUUUGUUAAACAGCAACCUGAGAAGAGAGGGAGAGAUGUUAGAGUUUGCAAUCUACAUUGCUGAGGUUCUGCAAAACAUGGUAUGGGUCCCUGGGGCGGAGUAUUUGGAGAGCAGGGUGGGUCAAUGCUCCAACAGCAUUAGUUGCUGUGUAACAGACCACUAUUUGGAUCUGACUUACAAGUUAGUUAAUUGGCACUCACCUGUAGCCAGUUAAUUAGUAGACAGGCCUUUAACCCCUUAAGGACGGAGCCAAAUGUACACGUUGUGAACGAAACAAAAUGUAAACAAAACCUGGCAUUUGCGCUACAUGUCUGUCCAACCGUAAUACACCUCUUUCAUAGUAAAUGCACCCACCCUUAUUAUAUAUCAUUUUAUUCAGGGGAAACAGGGCUUUCAUUUAAUAUCAAAUAUUUAGCUAUGAAACAUAAUUUAAUAUGAAAAAAAUGGGAGAAAAUAAAUGUUAUUUAUUUAGUUCUACAUGACAUUUUAACGGUCAAUGUCAUAAUACUGUUUGCUUUUACUGCAAUAAAAUACACAUAUUUGUAUUCAGCAAAGUCUCACGUGUACAACAGUACCCCCUACGUACAGGUUUUAUGGCGUUUUGGGAAGUUACGGGGUCAAAUAUAGCACGUUACAUUUGAAAUUGAAAUUCGCCAGAUUGGUUAUGUUGCCUUUGAGACUGUAUAGUAGCCCGGGAAUGAAAUUUACACCCAUAAUGGCAUACCAUUUGCAAUAGUAGACAACCCAAGGUAUCGCAAAUGGGGUAUGUCCAGUCUUUUUUAGUAGCCAUUUGGUCACAAACACUGGCCAAAGUUAGCGUUAGUAUCUGUUUGUGUGAAAAAUGCAAAAAAAGCCAAUUUUGGCCAGUGUUUGUGACUAUGUGGCUACUAAAAAAGACUGGACAUACCCUGUUUGCAAUACCUUGGGUUGUCUACUAUUGCAAAUGGUAUGCCAUCAUAGGGGUAAUUUUCAUUCUUGAGCUACCAUAGGGUCUCAAAGGCAACGUAACCAAUCUGGCGAAUUUUAAUGUGAAAAAAAUGAAACGCAAGCCUUAUAUUUGACGCUGUAACUUUUGAAAACACCAUAAAACCUGUACAUGAGGGGUACUGUUGUUCUCGGGAGACUUCGCUGAACACAAAUAUUUGUGUUUCAAAACAGUAAAAAGUAUUGCAGCAAUAAUAUCGUCCGUGUAAGUGCUGUUUGUGCGUGAAAAAUGCAAAAAACUUCACUUUUACUGGCGAUAUCAUUGUUGUAAUACAUUUUACUGUUUUGAAACACUAAUAUUUGUGUUCAGCGAAGUCUCCCGAGUAAAACAGUACACCCAAUUUACAGGUUUUAUGGUGUCUUGGAAAGUUAUAGGGUUAAAUAUAGUGCUAGCAAAUUAAAUUCCCUAUACUUUCGGCAUGGGUUGUCAGGCAGGUCCCGCUAAUUGUAAUUAAUUAGGAUACCUAAUUAUGUAAAAAUAUUACAUAAAUAUAUGUGUAGAAUUAAUAUAUGUGUAUAUAUACGUGUGUGUGUGUGUGUAUGUGUAUAUAUAUAUGUGUGUAUGUAUGUAUGUAUGUAUGUAUGUAUAUAUAUAUAUAUAUAUAUAUAUAUAUUUUUAAAAUAUUUGUAUUUAUAUAUAGGUGUAUAUAUUUAGUGAUAUAUAUGUAUAUAUUUAUGUAUAUAGAUUUCGUUCUACGUGUAUUUUGAUAUAAAUAUAUAUAUUAAUAUCACAAUACAGUUAGAACGAAAUAACAAACAUCUAUAUAUUUUUUUAUUAUUUUUAAUUUUUUUAAUUUUUUUAAUUUUAUUUUUUUUACUUAUUUACAUUUUUUUAUAAUAUAUAUAUAUAUAUAUAUAUAUAUAUAUAUCUAUCAAUAAUUAUAUAUAUUUAAUCAGUAUUAGUCUACGUGUAAUUUGAUAGUAAUAUAUAUAUAUAUAUAAAUAAUUAUAUAUAUUAAUAUUUAAAUACACUUCGUGUGUGUGUGUGUGUGUGUGUGUGUGUAUAUAUAUAUAUAUAUAUAUAUAUAUAUAUAUAUAUAUAUAUAUAUAUAUAUAUGUAAUAUAUAUAUAUAUAAUAUAUGAUCUAAGUAUAUUUUAUAUGUAACUGUAAUUUUUUUUUAAACUAAUUUAUUUUUUUUACAGGACAGGGGGCAGACACAGUGUCAGCCAGUGAUUUUACAUCACUGGCUGACACACAGGAUCAGUGAUCACAGUGACUGCCUGUCACUGUGAUCACCUCCUGCAGAUUGGGUAAUUGGCCACAGGGGGGAGUGCCUGGGUGGUACAAGCACUCCCCCCUUCCAAUCUGCAGGGGGAUCUUGUGCCAGUUACAUGUGUCAGCCAAUAGGCUGACACAUGUAACACUGAUCGCAGUGACAGGCUGUCACUGCGAUCUCAGAAGUGCAGAUCGCGGUCACUGACCCCAGGGGGACUGCCUGGGGGGCCAGGUAAGUCCCCCGACCGCGAUCUGCACGGGGUAGCCGCUGGCCACGUGUGUCAGCCGAUUUGAAAUCGGCUGACACACGUUAAAAAACUGAUCGCAGUGACAGCCUGUCACUGCGAUCAGUGACUGCAGAUCGCGGUCACCGGCCACAGGGGGGGUUGCCUGGGGGGCCGGGCAUCCCCCCCGACCGCGAUCUGCAGCGGGCGAAUAGCGCCGGCCACGUGGGCGGCCAUUAAAGUGAGGGCGUACUAUUACGCCCGCCGGCGUUUAGAGCCGGCUCCUGCAGGGCGUAAUAGUACGCCCUCCGUCCUUAAGGGGUUAAAAGAAGAGGGCAGCCUGCUGCAGAGUGAUGGAGAAAAAGACAGCUAGGAGAGUGAAAGAUUAUUGUGUUUAUUGCAAAGCCAUUUCUUUUGGAAAAUUGGUAAGUGGGAAAGCCACCCAAUUAUAGAGAGUAAUUCCUGUCUAGUAAGAGCAAGGGAUUUUGUUUUUGUUAUUAUUUAAAGCACCUGUUUUCUUAUUUGUAUUGCAGAAGGGGAAGGUCGCCUAAACGGCGGUUUCGUUUAAAGACACUAGGGGUGUCUUAACACAUAUUAUUGGAGGGACAGAUCUUCUCUUUCUUUUUGUCAAUUAUUUCAUUAGGGUUACCCACUGUCCUGUCCCCUUGAAUUUUUGGCCAACCAAUCUCUAAGAUGCCUAGAACAUUACAAUAAUAUAUGGAAAAAGAUGACUACACAUUCUGUCCCUAUGCACUGCAAUUCAUGUCCAUUCUUUAAGAACAAUCUCAAUUUUAUGGCUAUUGAGAGUGCAAUUAGACCAAAGAGGAGGGGAUUUGAUGUUAAAACUGAGAAGAAGGCUUCUGGAUCCACAAACUAAACACCAUGCAACCUAGGGGUUUAAAGGUAGAUUUGAGUUUUUUUUUUUUUUUUUAUAUAUUGACUUAAAUUUUUCUUUUAAAUAUUCUCAUUAGUUUUAGGUUUUGUUCAUGUUAGUAAGCUCUUUGAAUACUUCUGAUCGUACAUCUAUAUUUUUUUUGUUCUUUUUACUUGUAUAUUGUGUAUUUCACUUAAGGGUUAUUACAUACUUUGAAUAUGAUAUAACUGUGCUGUGCAAUUUUGGGCACCUGUUCUAAAGGAGGAUAUUAUGGCACUAGAAAAAGUGCAGAGGCGGGCUACAAAAUUAAUAAAAAGAAUGGAAAGGUUAACAAAUUUAAACCUAUUUAGUUUAGAAAAACGUUGCCUGAGAGGGGAUAUAACAUUUAUACUAAUAUAUUCGGGCCAAUACAAACCAUUGUGUGGAAAUCUAUUCACAAACCGGACUUUACAUAGGACACGCGGUCGUGUGUUUAGACUGGAAGAUUUCUCUGUGGAAUUCUCUGCCUGAAGAAAUAGUUUUAUCAGUCCAUACAGAUGUUCAAACAGCAACUAGAUGCAUACUUGCAAGAACAGAAUAUUCAAGGAUAUAAUCUUUCAAUGUAGGGUAAUAACUGCUUGAUCCAAAGAUAAAUCUGACUGCCAUUCUGGGGUCAAGAAGGAAUUUUUUUCCUAGCUUGUUGCAAAAUUGCGUUUCAAACUGUUGUGUUUUUUUUUUUUUUUUUUGGAUCAACAGCAAAAAACAAAUGUGAGGUAGGCUGAACUUGAUGGACGCAAGUCUCUUUUCAGCUAUGUACCUAUGUAACUUGCAAAACAGAAUAUUCAAGGAUAUAAUCUUUCAAUGUAGGGUAAUAACUGCUCGAUCAAAGGAUAAAUCUGACUGCCAUUCUGGGGUCAAGAAGGCAUUUUUGCAAAAACUGGUAGUGCUUCAAACUUUUUAUUAUUUUUUUUAUUUUAAUUUUUUUGCCUUCUUCUGGAUCAACAUCAAAAAACAAAUGUGAGGAAGGCUGAACUUGAUGGACGCAAGUCUCUUUUCCGCUAUUUAAUAAAAAUAAGAGUAUAAUUCAUAUAUUUUUUUUAAUUCGAUUUACUUGUAACAUUGAGUAUUAUAUGGACUGUAAAUGAAGUUGGCAUCUCGAAAGAGAUUGAGCUGGAACGCAAGUGUGACCGCACAGCGGUUUCAAGAGAGGCUCUGAACGCACAUGGAAAGCAGUGAGCAACACCUGUAGCCUCUCGCCACGGACUGGCUGAUGGCAUCCGCUGAUUUAAAAACUAAGCCUGGCGGCAAACAGAAAUGAAUGCACAGGAGGCUGGACUUUUAUUUUUAGCCUUGAGGAAGUCUGACGUUUAUCGAACGAAACGCGUAGGGUUGGGCUAUUGUAGAGCUGACUAUAAUAUCCUGGGAUUUGAUAAGCAUAUAUAUCACUACAAUCUUGUAAAUGUUAACUAAAGCGCAAUACCAGGUUAAAAACAGUCUGCAUUUAUUAUUUGCUAUUAUUCUCUUACAUUCCCAUUCACGUGUGGAAGAUCUUUUGCCAAAUUUAAUAAUUGAUGUGCCUUCAAUCAAUAUUAGUUUGUGAGUACAACCUUAAAUACUACUAUAUGGUGUAUUUAUGAUAUUACAGUUUUUUAUUCUGUUCCAACUGUAGAUCCAUUCUAUUGAAUAUAUUUGUUCAGCGGACUGGAAGGAGUCCUGUUUUGUUAGUUUUACAGUGUUGAUUUGUUUUACCUCCACAUUAUGUCUUUCCACUUUGAUUUGUAAGGGUGAUAUUUUAUUUUUGAUCAUAUUCUGCAGUAUUUAGUCUAAAAUUGUAUUGACCGUUUGAUACGCAAGUUGUUUUUGACUGGUUUUCUCAGGAUGCUCAGUUGGUUGAAUGUUGUCCAGGAACAAACUGAGAUAAUUGGGCAACUGUUAAAUAUUUUCUUGUUCUACUAGAUUAGAUAUCCCUUUUUAAAGCACCAUAACCACUUCACUGAUAUAAAGAGGUCAUGGUGCCUAAAGUCUGUAUGGUUAGUGUUUCGCUAUGUAAUGGUGCACAUACUGAGUUGAACCUCUCUGCUGCUUGAGGCGUAAGUCCAACUACAUGAUUAGCUGUCCAGGAACAAGAGUUCCUGGUCGGCUAAUGUGACUUCUGUGCAAAUUUGGCUGCUGAUCCCCUCAGCCCGCACUCUGACAUUCACCCUACAGCAAGGAGUGAUGUCACUUAAGCAGGGUAGAACUGCCUGGACCUGGAACAUUAUUUAAUCUUUUUUUGAUUGGAGUAAUUUUUUAAAGUUAAACUAUUGUACCAGUAAGAGUUGUCUUCCUGGCACUAUAGUUCCCUAUGGUGUCCCUCUCACUCUCUGUGGUGCAGUAGUGGUUAAAAAAACCAAACAAAAGCAACCGGUCACCUACAUCAGUCUAGCGCUAAUGUCGCUUGGCGCUGGCUUGUGAACGCCUCCUACUCCCCCCACCGUCAGCUGGUGGAGACCUAAUGCGCAUGCACAGCAUUUGGCCAUGCUCGCAUUAAGCUUUCCCAAUAUGUGUAUUUGGGUGAUGCUGGAUUAGGGCUUGACAAAUUUGCAGGUAACCUAAAUAUGCAUAUGCUCGCUGGCAAACCCACCCAGAUUCCUUGCCUUUGGCAAAGCUGGAGUGAACUAGCUUUCCCUGGGGUCCAGUGGGGCUGCUGUCUUCUCUCUGCUCUGCUCCCCAGGAGCGCGAUAUAGUGAUGUAGGGCCGGAAUUAUGUCAUAUUCCAGCUCCUGGCAUUACAGGAGGACGCGCAAGGGAGCAGAGAGAAGACCUUUGCUGCCUCCCUCAAUCCGCAACCUGCCUCCUUUCCUCAGCUCUCAAUUAGCCAAACGUCUGCCUGCCUCAGUCCUGCGUGAGACGACUGCCCGCCUCCAAUUUCGGGCAACAGGUCACCUCAGGGGCUGAACAGGCUCACAAAUCCCCUGACAAAUUUCCUGGUCGUCUUGGCGCCUGAGAUUUGUCAAGCCCUGUGCUAGAUAUCCGAAUGCAUAGUGUGAGGGUGACUAGAAGUCCUGGUAGAGGUGGAGUUAACUUAGAAAUAACUGCAAUAGUUACCUUUGCUGGGUUAAGUGACAUGGGAAUAUGCACAUGCAGACUAUUUCAAUGAGCUGAAGUAGUCUGGGUGCCUAUAAUGUCCCUUAAAUAUAACUUUGUAUUUAUCAUAGUAAAGACUACUGUUCACAACUGGUCUGUCAACUCUUUGACCAUCUUGGAAAGAGAAGUUCACCAUAUUCAGCACUUUAUUUAUUUUAAUUCCUUCCAGUGGGUGGUGGUCAGUGACGAACCCUAUUCACUAAGUUGAUCUUCUUUCUAUUACUUAACCUGGACUGUCUCUCUUGCAUUUUGCUAUUUUGAGUAAAAGUACAAUGGCAUUUAUCAGGCUCUAAUCAUGAACAAAUUCUGUGUAUUAAACAUGACUUUACAAACGAGUAAUGAGCGGGUGUAGUGACUGUAGGUAAAUGUGACAUGCAAGUGCCCUCAUUAUCUGUUUUCUGCUGACCCUAAAUAUUCUCAAAUUUUGAGAAACUCAAAAUGUUACUCAAAAUAUGCUGAGUCACUUAUAUACUUGGAUACAUACUGGUAAUUGUUUUAUUGAGAAUGCCCAAGGGGAUUCCCUCUGCAGACCAGGAUUCGACACUUAAAGAGAAUCCAUUCAGUCUGUGUACUGGUUGUCACCGGGUGGUGUGAAAGCCUAAGUUUAGCUGUCUUCUGCAGGAAGUGUUUUGUAAAUCUCAUCUUUCGCAAGCUGGCCAGAGGUGCUGCUUUCUGUGCGUAUUCUAAGACUAAUCUAUUUGUAGCUUCAAGUCCAUGAUCUUCUAUUCACUUUUUAUACCCUGGUCAAGAUAGAAAAAGCACAUAUUACAUAGCUAUAUCUUUGCCACACUUCCUUUUUAUACUUCCUCUUAUUAAUGUGUUAGCAAGACAUUGAGACAUUCUAAGUAUAAUCCACCCUUUCUGAUUAGAUCACCUUUAUAUAAUUUCACAUCAUAUUGAUAUUUUCACAUAUCAUUAUAUCUAUUUAACAUAUACAACUUACUUUUUAGUGGUUAUCCCAUUCAUAACAUCCCCCAGCUUAAUUUUAUUUUUGUGUACUAAUUGAUUAUAGCUUUCUGAAUAGGAGUGUUUUGGUAUUAACUGGUUUCAGUUCCCCACUGAAACCUGGAAAGACAAUAUUCACAACGCAUUACAUUUUUUUUUUUUUUUUCCCAUUCUCAACACGUAAGUAUAAUAUCUUUUAUUUCCAGAUAAAAACUUUGUCAAAAAGACUGUCUAUAUGCAAUUCCUUAUCUGUAAAACUGAUGUCUGUGUAUUUUUACAUAUGCUCUAGGUAUGGUUUCACAUCAAUUUAAAGAAACACUAUAGUGUCAGGUAUACAAGCCUGUAUUCCUGACACCAUAGUCCUGAAGCGGCUGUUUAGCUCCCAUCCACACUGGUCUUGUUGUGGUUGGCUCUGCCUCCAUGGCAGAUAUCAAUCUUGAUGUUUUCAGCCAAUCCAAUGUUAACCUAUAGGAAAGCAUCGGGAGGCUAUUGCACAUAGCCCCCUCCUGUUUUCUACCCAGCUUUUGAUCGGAAGAGAGAGACUGUUUGGUGCUAUUAUUUUGGGACAGCCUAUACAUGCCAGAACCACUGUAUUUUUGUCACUAUAGUGUUCUUUUAAUGUAAACCUGUAUUCCUGCCACUAUAGGUGAGAAUCUAUUUUAGGUGGCUGGGCACCCUUUUGGCAAAGUAAAUGUUUAAUUUUUAUCCAGUGUUGCAAAUCCAAUAUUUUCCAAUAGGAAAGCAUUUGGAAGCUAUUGCGCAUGCGUGUCAAAAAGCAGCACUGUGCCAAUGAACAUAUUUGUCAUCGAGAUGUGUUUAAUCAAUAUGAGAAACAUUCAGCAUCUCUAUGAAGAGCAUUUUGAGUGACCGCCGCUAGAGGUGUUUCUGGGCAGCAAUGUAAACACUACCUUUUUUCUUUGUUUACGUUAUAAAGCAUGCAUGAACAGGCUAUAGACACCAGAACUACAUUAAGCUGUAGUAGGUCUGGUGACUAAUUUUCCUUUAGCAAUGUGCUUAUUUAAUGAAUUGUAUCUAUGGCACAGAAAGAACAGAGACCUUUUAAUAUUCUUUGCUAACCCACUAUAAGUAAGGGUCUCACAGACUUGACUUGGUCCAGGCUACCAGCACUGUACGUCCGGGCACGGGUGGCUGUGUGCCAUGUAUUUGGGGAAUAGUACUUUAUAGCAUAAUAUUACUUUCCUUUACUUUUAUUUCCUUCACCAAGCAUUCACUUUCAUUUUUCUUAUCUCUAUUUUUAUUUUAUAACAACCACAGGUAGAAUGUAACAAUAUAUUGGCUGAUGGAUUACUAUUAAAGUAUUCUCAAUCUUUGUGCUCUGUUAUUGUGACGAUGUUCAUUCCAUUGUACUUUAGUGUUUUACGGGAACAUUCAUUUUACAUAAUGUUCUUUUAUAUUGUCAUGCAGGUAGAGGAAUGAUCUGUAAUGCUUUCACUUUGUGGUUUUUUUUUUUUGCUUCCUUGACUUACAGCCUAGGUGUGUUUUGUCAAGUUGGAUUAAUAUUAUUUAUAAUUGACAUCUUUGGACUGAUGGCAUGUAUGUAAUGGUACAUUUUAGUUAAACAUGUUUGCCACGAGACCUCAUUAAAGGAACAGUCUAGAUUAAAAAAAAAUAAAAAUAAUUUUAUUGGUUAGAUUGCCACAUCUCCCCAUCCCCCUUUUAAAAUAUAUAUCUAGAUCUAUCCUCUCCUGGUACUCCUUUGGCAGGCAGUAUCUUGUGCUGUGAGACAUAUUCCCAUCAUUCAGCAAAACUGAAUGUAAACCUUUUUUUUCUGUAACUGAAAGUCUUUGAGGAAGUGCCUCUAGUUGCUGUCAGCCAUUAAAUGCAUGUUUAUGGACAAAAAGGGUCAGGAUUGUGUUAAAAAUACCACUUCAUCUUUAUGGUGUGGUUUUAGUUUGAUGUGACAAGCAAUUUGUGAAUAGUUAAUGUAAGGAACAACAGAGCACUGGCUGGUUUGAGUUUUGGGGAUUUUUACCCCAAGAGUACCUCUUGCCAGCCACUUCAUUACACUCUGGUUAUCUACGUGAUUACUGUUCCUGCAGGACAUUGUGCAUGACUAGACCUGUCGAAAUGACUCAAACUAUGCAUUGCUAUACAGAACUAUGAUUUAUCUACAAACAUCCAAUGUAUGGAUUGUCUUUGUCGUUGAUACAGAAAUGGUCACCAGUCAGCCCAUCUUAAUUGAUGCUGGCAAGAAGAAAAAGAAGAAACGAAGGAGUCGGGAUACGGAGAGCUAUACGGGGAAAUUUGCAGGUAUUCAUUGUCUGUUGCCCCUUGUCUUGAUAUUCAGGAUAUCUAAAUAAACUGCUCAUUGUUCACAUAAAUAUUAAAUGCUGUACUAGCAAAGCCUGACCGUUGAUUUAAAUUACCGAAUGCUUUGACUUCUGCUUAUACGGUGUGAGCGCAUGCAGAGUAAUAUGGGGAACAGCCAGUCACAUGGCAGUUUGACAUUAGAGUGUAUGUACUGCUGUUUCACACUUUUGCAUUAAUCUUCCCUAUAGUUUUUAUUGACUUAAUUAAAAAAGUUUUUUUUUUUUUUUUUUUUAAACGGUAAACAAACCGAUAAUACCGUAUGUACACUGGAAUGUGCACCUCAAUUUUUAGAAGCUGAAGAAAAGUUUUUGCUGGCAAAUGUAAUGCACAUUUAUACAAGAUACUACGGUCACAGCAAGGGUGCAUAAUUCGUUAUUGCACUAUGGAAUAUUAUCCUUUAAUGUAAUUUGCGUAGUGCCUGCCUGGUAGAGAUUGAAUAUUGUCAAGGUCAAAAGGUUAAUUUGAUUUGUAUAAAAGGUCAGAUUACAGAAGGGAUAAUGUAAAUUGCAUAGGAAUGUAAAAAGGGUUUUAUCCUUUGAAUGAAUCCUGUGAUUAAUCAAAGGCUCUGCAAGGUGUGAGAAUCUGCCUGUACAUAUUAACUGAUGGGUCAAUCUCUUUGAUAUGUUAAUGGUCAUUAGCCUUGUUCCAGUAUCAUAUCCAAAAGGAAAAAACAUUAAUAUUUGUAAUGUGGCAAACAAGCCCAAUCAUAAUUGGCAUAACUUAACCAUAGGGGAAGAAAUUGUGAUGUCCGCCAUAUUGGGUCGCAAGUAAGUUGUGCAACAUAUGUAUAGAAUGGGAAUGUAAUAACAAAUUUGUAGAUGCAAUUAUGUACCUGCCACACAAAUAAGAAGAUAGAACCAAAUUUUUCCAUUUGGAUUGAUGUUGGUCUGGAACACAAGGUGGCGAUUACUCAUUAUCUCUAUAGAUACACCUUAACUCCACCUCUAGACCAGUCAUGGUAAUCGACAGGGUAUCUAUCCAAUGAUCCUGAAAUGUCUGUGUACUUGCUUGGGGCCAGAAUCUAAUUUUGAAGCAAGUCACUAUAUCUUUGUUGCCAGCGACUCACUGGGCAGACGUUUACUUUGGGAAAAAUCUAAGUGGUUAGGACUUCUGCUAUUUCAUCCUUUUUGUUUUAAUAAAUAAUUUGCUUGUUAUCUAUAUUUUUGUAUGCACUGUGACUAAUUUUUUUUGCUAAUAAUAAAUAUUCCUUUAUUAAGUUCUCCCUUCCUUUGUCUGGUAAAGAACCACAUUACCUGAAGAGACUAAUUAGUAUUUUUGCAAUUCUUUAAAUAUUGUGCUAAGUUGUAUUUGGGGGCUUAUUGAUUUUACCUGGGCGUCCAAGGCACCCCAUUUAUAAAUUGUCUGGUGGUGGCAGCGUUAAAAUAGUAACAGUUAUAAUAUGUUUAAGUGUGGGUGGUGUUAAGGGGGAUUUUGUCAUUAUUUCCGGUCUAGUGCAGACAAAUAAUGAACUUUAACCCUUUCACCACCACAACUACGUCAUGCACACUCUUGAAGUAGGGUGCGUUCGUGACAACUACUAUAUAACAUUGUGCUACAAUGAAAGCUUGUCCUAUACCAUAGUAACAUUGAUGCUAUUUCAAUUUUAGUGUUCUUGUUAAAGGAUCACUAUAGUGCCAGGAAAACCAACUCGUUUUCCUGGCACUACAGGGUCUUUGGGUCCCUCUCCUGAAACCCCUUCACUUACCUUUCUCCAGCGCUGGGCUCCCUCAGAACUGGGGAACUCUCCUCCUCCUGCCGACAUCCGAUCCGAAUGCGCAUGUGCGGCAAGAGCUGCAAGCGCAUUCAAACUGCCCAUAGGAAAGCAUUGCUCAAUGCUUUCCUAUGGACGUCAUAAUCUUCUCACUGUGAUACCGCCACUAGGGGCUGGAUUAACCCUAGUGUAAACAUAGCAGUUUCUCUGAAACUAUGUUUACAGCUGCAGGGUUAACACUAGAGGGAUCUGGCACCCAGACCACUUCAUUAAGCUGAAGUGGUCUGGGUGCCUAUAGUGGUCCUUUAAGUCUAUUCUUUCUUAAGUCCUCUUUCUGCAACGAAAUUUGCCGGUGUGAAAUUGGCUGGAAAAUUUAGAAUUUUGUCCCAAAUGUAAUGCGCCAUUGAAUCUAAUGUGCAUUCAAAUUUUUGAAAAUUUAUUGUCCAAAAAAAGUGCGCCUUAGUUUAGAGUAAAUAUGGUAAUUCCUCAUACAAGUCUAGCUGUCCCCUCUGUCACAUUCUAAUUUUGCGUAAUCGAUAAAAGAAAGGUGCUAUCGUGUAAAGUACACACUAGAUUUUAAGUGUCCCAAAUUUAUUCCAGGUCAGCCUGUCUGUGAGACCCUUUGUCUUCAAUUUCUUGCUUAUCCCCUGCUUCCUCCCAACUCCAUAGAAUUUUUUUUAUUUUUUAUUUUUGGCCCAUUUGUUUAUUGCCUAUAGGGUUACUCCAGUGAUUUGUAGUGGUCAUGAUGUCUGGAAUCUGUACAUGUAAAUUUUAGCUGUGAAUUGCUGCACAUAGAGGGUUUUAACCCCUAUAUCAUGGUGUCAUCAGCCGGUUUGGAUUUACAGUCCCAUACUCACUAAUUUCAACUCGGAAAAUUUCGAUGCACGUAAUUUCAUUCUGGGUGUUAACUGCUUGAUAAGUCUUGCACUCAGAAAUUAUAGGAUGUUGUGUGUUUAAAAUAAUGGAGUAAGAUUUCCAGCAGUAUACAUUCCUUGAUAGCUUUAAUCACUCUCUGCUGUGCCAGUUCCUGAUCGACUCUCCUCAUAUGAUAACCCUUUCCAUUCAGAGUCUGUAUGUGGGGAUGACGUCAGGGUUUAUGUUCAGUUUGUGACCUUUUUGGAGGUUUAAGACAUUGUAAUCCUGGUGUUCUUCCCUUGGCAGACCUUUACAAGCUGACAGAUGAGCUCCUUGGAGAGGGGGCUUAUGCAAAGGUCCAAGGCUGUAUCAGUUUGCAGACUGGCAAAGAUUACGCAGUUAAGGUAAUUUGGAAAUAAACAGAGCACAUUCCUACAUCAUCCCAAUAGUAUAACUCCUACACUCUGCAUGCUUUCUAUGACUGAUUAAAAUGAUUUCACAAAGCUUAUAACAGAAAAAUAGAACAUCUGACGAUUUCAAGACAGUUACCCCUUUAUCUGAAUUGUCCAGCACAUCUGUUAUCUGUCUAUAUACGUGUGACUGUUUAAUAAAAAUAAAAAGGAAGAUGGCAUUUCAGAAAAAUUUACUUUCAUUUCACAUGAUCCCCUCUUUUUAAAUGGUGAUUUUAUAGUGUGUGUGUGUGUGUGUGUGUGUGUGUGUGUGUGUAUAUAUAUCUAUCACUACUUUAUGGGAGGACGGGGAGGGGUUCCACUCGGUGUAUACUAUCUGGAAUUAAAAACAAACAAAUCAACCACAAUAGAUAUGUUUGCCAACCCCUUGAUAAGUGUUUAAAUAUAUAAACCAGAGCUGUGAGAGCUGGCACCUGCUCCUCUCUGUGCAAUCCUGCAAGUUGUAGUAUUUUGGUAAAGCCAGUCAGCCUAUAAAUGUGGAGAUUGAUUAAUGCAGGCUGAAUGUAAGAGUUGGACUGGUAAUUUAGAAUUUUAACUGUUUUGUUGUUCAUACAAAGGGAUAUUUAUUACAUUUAAUCAAUUGCAUAGUCCAUGUUGUCUAAAUCCUCUGCAAAUAUAAAAUUACAGAAAUGCUUUGUAGUGUCUGACUGCAGUACAACCAUUCUCAGAAGAUGCUAACAAAGCAUCGCGGGCUGCAGGUUUAAUCACUUGCAUGGUUACUUGAAGAGUUCAAAGUACAUUUCACAUUUGAGGACCGAGUGGCUGAAGUGAACUUAGCUCUCAGUUCAGCUAUUUUGACCUUAAAAUUGAAAGUUAUGGCUAUAGUGGUCAGGGACUUAAAUUAAAGGGAGGUAGGGGACAUGCGCACUUCACCUUGUACGCACUGAGUUCCAGGCUGCCCAAGUAACGUGUCAGGGGUGAAACUAGCCCACAGCACAAAAGUGCAAAUCUCUGUAUGUGCAGUGUAUAAACCAGAAAUGCUGCAUAUACUGACUCCUACCACCACGAUACUUCUAAAAGAAUAAGUAGUCAGGGAGGUGGGAGUAACCCUGUAGGCAUAGAAACUCUAUGACCAUUUUAUAACUUUCCUAAUGAUGUGGUAUUAAAAGGUCAAUUUUAGCUUUAUUUCCGGUUACUUUCUUUACAUUUUAGUAACCAGUGUUUAUAGCACCACUCUCUCCUUGGUUUAAAACACAGCAGCUUCACAGGUAAACACAUAGCUUCCAGGGGAUACUCUGUUAUUCAAAUUGUCUUAUGCUAUGGACUUGUAGUUUGAAUAACCCAACAUUUUGUUCUCCAAAAGAUGUAGAAAUAAUCACGAGGGAAGUAUAUUGAAAUGAGGAAGUGGUUUGAAACCUUUUCUGAGAAUAGAUUUGAUGCACAUACAUCAAGGGGAUUUUUAGCAGUGAUUACUAUGAAAAUGUCUUGUCUAAAGAUAUCAACCCAGCGUGUAUUUUCUAUCCUGAACCUUAUCCUUUCUGAAAAUAAAACAUUAGUUUUUUUGAGCAGAUUCUGUUUAUAUAGUUAAAAACAAACAAAAAAAACAAAACAAAAGAAGUAAAUGUGUAGUUAUGUACAUACAUGUUGGAUGGGCUUGGUGAUAGUGGGGAGAAAUAGAAUGCAGACUAAUUAGUCUCUAAUUCUCUGAGGGAAUCAGAAUAACUAUGCCAUCAGAGCAGUGAUCUCCUUGGUUUUAGCAGAAACAAAAUGAUUUGGGUCAUUGGGUUAAUUUUCAGUAUGUAAAGGAACCCUCUGAUUAGAAACACCAACAUGUAUUUCUAAUGUUUUUGUGAACUGUUGCUUUUUGGGCACCUCCUAGAACUGUAUUACAUAGUUUUGCUAUCAGUCCCUUGCUGCUGUUAAUGCUAUACCCCAGCUGAAAUCAAUGACCAUCGGCAAACCUAAUGUUUCCCCCUAGGGACGUUUUGGGGAGCUACUGCUCGUGUGGAAAUCUGAAUUUCAUCAUAGUGAUGCAUUUGAUCAAUACUUUGUUUUGUGAGCAUUGUUUCUUCAUGCAGGAAAGCACCAAGAAGCGCCUCUAUUGGCUCUCUGAUGUAGAAAGCCACAGAAAAAAGCAGUGUUUACAUUGCUGACGCUGCAGACAGUCUCUUUGCACCAGAACUUCAUUAAGCUGUAGUGGUUCUGGUAUUUUGUUACUUUUAAAAACAAAAAUUUAAAUUUUGUAUUCUGAUUUAUUUCUGAAUUUUUAUUUUUAUUUUUUUUUGCUUGUUAGUUUUUGGUAUGUGAUCAUUCUUUAUUUUCUCCUGGCAGAUUGUGGAAAAGAAAGCUGGGCACAGCCGCAGCAGGGUAUUUCGAGAAGUGGAAACCUUGUACCAGUGCCAAGGCAACAAGUAAUCAAACCCUUUUACUGAUUUCUACCUUGUUAAAAGUAGAGCGCCUAAUCUAAACUAUUCAUUAGAAAUGAAGCCUAACUCACGCCUUACUGAUGGCUUAACUAGUAUGAACGAGGUGUCAUUGUGAUUAGUAUCUCUAUAUGAAGACUAGUCAAGUGCAGUGUGUGUCUGUAGCAGAUCAUAUUGAUAUUUUAAUAACUCCGUACCUGAGCUCAGGCAUGGCUUGGCUUUAGUGCAAGUUGUCAGCUUUGAGCUACCUGACCUUUUCAUCUUCCCACACAAAAGAUCUGCUUCUUUUGAGAUUGUAUUGCUACUUGUUCAAAUUUUAUUUAUUUUUUUUUAGGAACAUUUUGGAGCUAAUAGAAUUCUGUGAAGAUGAAUCUCGUUUUUACCUGGUCUUUGAAAAAUUGCGAGGAGGUAAGUUUCUAGUGUGUAUGUAUUCUCUGUUCAAAACAAAAUGCCAGUGUAUAGUGUGUCCUGUGUGACUGAUUAUUCAACGUAUUCAGAGAUGUAGUGAACAUUACAUUGGCUAGCAGGUUUAUUAAAGAGGAGUAUAUAUUAUUUCCCCCCUUCUUGAUUUGUCUGUAGGUGCAUUGGCACAAACCAGUUUAACGCAGUAGACUACUGCACCGGGAACCUUCAGAAAGAAACAUGGCUUUAAACCCCAAAGGUGGAAAAGCUACGUGCAUGUUGAGCAUUGCAUUAAAGUUGACUUGGCCACCUGAGGGUGAUAUAGAUAGGGGUGUGCUACACCCAUAGUCUCUAAAGGUCCCAAGAACAGGGUACCCAUGUAUGCAUGCAAGAUACACACCCCAUUAGCUUGCAUUAGCCGACAAAGCACCAUUGCUAUUCUCACUUUAUAAGUAAACUCACACGUAGGCUUAUUAGCAUUCUGUUUUCAGCCUCCUGUGCAUCCCGUAAGAAAUUGGCAACACGCAGGUAGACAUACAAGAAAACGCUACACUUAUGCUAUAUGACUGCGUGUAUUAAGUUCAACAGUUCCGCUUCUAUUUGUUUCUUAUUGAUUAUUAUUUAUUUUUUUAACCUUUCAUUUCACACCACUUCCGUCUACACACACGGUCUAGUGCACCAUCAGUCAGCCAAGCCUUCCCUGUGCCUUUAGACUUUGUGGCAUAGCAUAUUAGAAUGCCAGCCUGACUAAGCCGAUCAUAUUUAAUAUAUUGCACACAUGUCUAACUAUUAUGGGCUCAUUAUCUCCACUCUAACGUUGAGACAGACAUGCCAACCUAACUUGUUUAAUCAUAAAAUGAACAUAAAAAUGUGCAGUUUUAUCCGUGCCAAGUCAAUAUCUAUGUUCUGUAAUUGUGUGCUGUUGUGGCACUUAAACUGUGAUUGUCAUUUCUAAUGCACAGAAAAAUAAUUUAUAAAAAAAAACAAAAGCAAAAAAAACUUGAAAUAUAAUGCUUCCGCAACUUUCCCAGAAUACUUGUCUGAGCUUUUCUAUGCAGAAAUGGAUUUGUUUCACAAUGUUUGUGUUUUAAAAAAAAAAAAAAACCAAAAAACCAAACCAUUUUGGGUUAGAUUUGUCUUACAGAAUCGCAGUAUGGACUUGUGAUCUUUGGACUAUCUCCAUCUUUCUAGCCUAUGUUUUUCAAUUGACAUCGCCCUCCUAAUUACUUCACUUUACAAUUAAAUGACUGAGAUUCAAAACCUUGCUUCUGGUCGUAUUUGGAAGAAUUUUUACGCAAUAUUAAGGGCUCACAUUGGUGAUUGGGGCGGAAACGUACAUUGGCCUAAAUAAGUGAGAAAUAACGCAUAUAUACAGUUUUGCAGUUAAGCAAAUGGUACGAGCUACUGGUGUCUUCAAAGAUCACCUAAAACUGUAAGAUACAAGUUGGAACGGAAAUCUGCAUGGGUCUGGAUGAAUUUAACUCCUGAGUUACUACAGCAAUAAAUAACUAGAGACCCCUUUAGGAUUUAAUCAACUUUGUCUUUAUCAUGAUAAAGAGGGUCUAAGCAUGGUCAGGUUGUCUUUUGGUGGUGUCUUAAAUGAUGGCUAGCUAAGGAAGUAUUCCAAGCACCAUAACCACUACAGGUAGCUCUAGAAAGUUAUAGUGCCAGGUGUGCUUAGGUGAUGUCUCUAGAGAGAUCAAACUUCUGCAGCAGUAGCCUGGACGUGGCACCGAUGACUGGGGGACAAAGUCCAGUUAUUAGUUAUAAAACGGUUUGACUAAUUUCAUGACACUGUUCAAGGGCACACCUGGCACCAAAGCAGUUAACUGUUUAUUUUGUGCAUGUCUUCUGAGGCUGUAUAGGUACAGAACGGACUGUGUGAAAUGUGCAAUAAUGGAUGUAGACCAUAGGGAGCUGGAAGCCGACUUUAAGUAAAAACAAAAACUUAAAGAACCAUUUUGCAAAAACUGUCAAAAUGCUGCCCUUUUAUCACUUGGUGUAUGAAGUCCGAACAAGUGUAGUUGUGCCUUAUUGAUUGGCUCUCUCUAGCAGUGACCUUAGGAUGUAUGUAUUUGCUCAGUAAGCCGCUAUAUAGAGCUCUGCUUCUGGAAUUAUUGCCAUGAAUAUCUUCUGAUCUUCAGGACAUCCAUAAUGAAGAUUAAAGUGUAUUGUGUCUGCUCCUGCUUAUAGUGCAUAUUCCCAUUAGUGAUAAUGCUUGCUGUGGUGUGUCUUAACUUGUGACUCAAUGGAUGUUAAAUGUAGUCUUUCCACGGUUUUACUGCAUGUCGUUCCUGGGUCUGAUAUUUGGCAGUUAGGUGUCUCUCCCUCCAAUAAUCUUUCCCUUCUUUGAAAGCCCUAUUUUUAUGGACUCUGUUACUAAUGUAUUCACUGUGUCUAUGCUCCGCUCUCCCCUUAUUUCUUUCCCUAGCCUCUUUCCAGAGGUUUUUGUAUUGUGUACAAACUUAAUGUAUUUAACCAUUUAUUUUUCUCCCAUAAAUCCAAGCCAGUUCUCACAAAUGGGUAACAAGAAAAAGGGGUGGAACAGCGCUACAGUACUGAUCACAGGGGGGAAUGAAGCUGCACACCUGAGGGAAAGGGCAACCCUCAAACCCUUCAAAAAAACUGGGAGAACAGGAAACCGCAAAUACAGGGUGCGCUAAAUAGAACAAUGGGAGAUAAUAUACACAGAAAGAAGGAAGUACAAAAGUCUCUGACAAUGCAAUGUGGACCUUGGAUAGGUAUUCUUUGGUUCUUGCUUUGGGUCCUCAGUAGUUAAUAUGAAAUACAAAAGCAGAAACAGGAAGGGACCAAUAGUGCAAAACCGUUAGGAAAUGGUGUCACGGACAACAUAGAAAUAGAGAAGUGCCAACUCUCAAUAUAAAGAGCUAUGCCCAGCUCUAGGUAAAGCAGCAUACAGUGGUAUUUGAAACUCCCCACAUGUAGGAUAUAGCUGGACAAUAAAAUAGUGAAGAAACACCUCCUAUUGAAUUUUUUUUUUUUUUUUUUUAUAAUACUGGAUUUGCUUUGGAUAUGCAGGUGUUUUGAUAGACAUAGAGUUACAUAUACAUUUAUUUUUUAUUUUCCCUUCUUCCUCCCUUCUCCGAAUUCUAAAACCGCCAUAAAAGUGACACAGCAUUGAGUAUCUUGUUAAGUGCUUCUGAAUUUUGGAUAUCUGGUGUUGGAGAGAGGCCUUUUGUGGGCUGGUUCCUGAGCUGAUCUAAUCACAUAAAUGGUUUUCUGUUUAGUCAUGCCAAGAGACUUCCAUUCAGUUGUGAAGUUAAACAGUGAUGGUCUUGUCUUACGUUUUGUUAUGAGUCCCCAUCCAUUUUUAGUUGGAAUACAUGGCUAGUCUGUCCUCAAACUAAUUUUGGUUUGUGUAUGGAAUCUUUGUCUAUUUUGGAUCAACUUAGUCUGCUUACACCAAAUCUUCCGUGCUGAGUGUUUUUAAAUUAUUGUUCCCGAAGAUGAUAUCUGGUAAUACAGGACUUCCAGCAUUCCAGUGGUAAAGUAAAGCUCCCAUAAUUGCUUUGUGGAAAUUACUAUAGAGCAACUAAAUGUAUAGGGGAUUGUCUAGGCACUACAUUGUCAGUGUUUAUUUUGCAGGAGGAGUCAGGUUUUCCCACUCUUUGGGCACUUACUUGAGUGCUGGUGAUCCACCACCCAUUCAGAUAUUUCUGAAGCAGAAACCUCCACUUCUGCAAUUUUUUUUUUUUUUUCCUUGUCUGAGGAGAAAAUCGAACUAAAGCAAAAGUUCCCUUUCACAUUUGAUAAUUUCUUCUAUCUAAAGAGGUCUGACAGUUAAGUGUAAACCGAAAAUGGUUUGACUACUUACCAGAGGAUGAUGCCAACAGACUUCUGGCACCAUACCCACUACUGCAUGUAGGGAGUGCCACAAUGUAGCAGUGUUGCCUUUUUAUAGAAUGAUUGAGACCGUUCUCUAAAACCAUGAGGGACUGUGCUGUAACAUUGUACCAUAUAACUAAGGAUUACAGUCAUCAUACUGUAUUCGGUGAGGCACUAUAAAUCCCUUCAUGUGCAUGAUGGGAAUUACACUCCAGGUUCUGCAGAAAGGUAUUUGCAGGUGAAAAUUGCUGCAUAUAUUUCCUUCUGCAGUCUUUCUACCAGGAAAUAACUUCCCAUUUAUUGCAGUCACUUGCUCAUCCCAGGGAUAUUGAAAUGACAUUGCACACAUACCUGCGCAGUGCUAAUCACAGUGCUAUGAUUGGAUGGAUUUUUCAGCCGCUUCUUUGUUGCUGACAAGGCGGCAUUUGGGGAAAACAGUCACAGGAAAUGUUUCUUGUUACAAUGCCUGGAGGACGGACCUGGUAUUGCUGACCUUUUGACCUUAAUUUGAGAUUCACUUUGGAUUCCCAGCAAUCAUCGCUUUUAGUAAUUGUAGACUCGCAUUUUCGGGGUUAUUCAAGGGAAUGAUCACAAAUGCACGGUCUGCAUUCAGAGACUCUUGAGCAACGUCUUUACCGGAGUCACACACAGCCAGUCAGUGCUGGAGUAUUGGGAUAUCGGUUGCACACACAUCGGUUUAUUUACGGAAAUGAACUAUUGCGAUUUCAAUUGAAACUUCAAAUUAAGGGCAAAAAUAGCUGAAUUGAAGAAAGGAAAAAACGAACCAUAUCUCCUCCGAAUGUGAAAUUAUCUUUGAAUUCCUGGCAGAUCUCUGUAAAGAGAGGCUGUAACCCUGGCAGGGGUAUUUACUUCUGUUAUAGGAAGUAUCCCCUGUAGUUUGUGAUCUGUCGCGUGCUUCAUGUCUCUUGGUCUUUGAUUGCCCUGCAGUUGUAUGCUGGCCGUCAAGCUGUGGCUUGCUCCUGAUUUAAUGAAUGUGUAUCUUGGCUUUCAGGGACUAAGCACACUUUCUAUUCAGUAGUUUCUGAUGUUGCAGGUUUUUCGAUGAGAACUUUCUCAUGAAGGAGUCUUCACCAAGACUGUAUUACCACAUUCAGAAGUGAUAAACGAGAAGCCUGGUUAAAUGCUCAAAUUCAGUGAAUAAUCCGAUCAGACUAAAAACUGAAUUUCAAAUUAACGGGGGUAAAUUCUCCAAUUCAGCAGUUCUCAUUUAAUCUAUUUCAACCAAUUUAAAAUUCGGUUUGAAUUGCUGACAUUUUAUUCUUAAAUAAAUUCCACCCCUAAUUUAAUAAUUUUCACUUGACAACCUUUUCAGAUGCGCAUAUUUAUUGGCUAGUGUGACGAACUGAGCCUAGUCACGUGUUCUUGGAGGGGCCUGUUUGCCAGCCUCCUGCCUCAGGACCAUGCAAAAAGGCUCAUAACAUACCUUGUUCGUGCCUUUUUGCUAUUCUGUUCAGUAGAUUGCAUUUCCCGCACGAACCUGGGACUACCCAGGAGCUUGUUAACACCUAUUAACACCUUGGAACAGUUCUAAUUGUUUGUCUGGGUGGCUGCAAUUCCUAUGGACAACCACGAGGUGGCGGCCAUCUUGUUUGCAUGAACGCAGGCAGCACGGUUUGGGCAUGAAUCUCAUGGAACUAAAAUCAGACACAGAAACUCCUGAACACCGCUGGACUUCCAUCAUCGCCUGCGUUUUUGGUUGUAUACAAUUUUUAGAAGGGCAAUGUUAGGUGAAAUCAAUCGUCUGGAUGAGGGGAACAAGCUCCAGGGUAAAAACAUUGAUUGUGUUCGGUAGUUUAUUCAUUUUCUAAACUACCGAACUCAGGGCCAUCAUGGGAUGUAACUUUUGUGUGUGUGUGUGUGUGUGUGUGUGUGUGUGUGUGUGUGUGUGUGUGUGUGUGUGAUUCAGUUCAGUAUAAUGCUUGACUCCAUUAUCUCACAGGCAUAGGGGAGGGAUUGACCUAUUUUGUAUGGGAGUGUCCUGGUCCUGAGAGCCAAUGUGAUUGUGUAUUUGUUUGUACUGUGGUUUACUCUCAGGUCCAGGGGGUAAUGCCCCUUGCAUGGGGACUGUCAUAAAAGGCAAGUUGUGGCUACCAUUAACCCCUUAAGGACCAACGUUCUGGAAUAAAAGGGAAUCAUGACAUGUCACACAUGUCAUGUGUCCUUAAGGGGUUAAAAGAUAUUUGUUUACCCUUCAUGUAAGUCUAGGCUCAUGUUUGGUGGAUUGGAGAGCUAUAUUCACUCUGGGGAUUGCUAUCAUCACUAUACUCCCUUGGAGCACAGCGAUUGCUCUUGUAAGAGCAGUCUGCUUCGCUCUCUGGACUAGGAGAGGUCUACCCACUGAAAGCUGAAUCCUGGCCUUGGGUCUAAAGUGGGUGGAGGACAGAGACCCCAACCAAGCUGCGCCAGUUUGUGGGGUUUACAGUGGUUUUGGUGUCUGGUGCGGUGCUUAUGGUAUUCAAGGAUUACUAGGAAGAAGCAAUUGACAGAGGCUCCCGGUCGGGGUGCCAGGUGGUCCAUCACAGCUAGUACUUGGCUUCUUCUCAGACUACCUGCGUUCAUCAUUUUUGUCUGUAAAAUUACUCUGUGAUUUGAAAUCAACCUGCACCAUCUAUAAUUUUACUAAAGAGACCACCCUGCUCUAUACCUUGUCACCUGAUGUUCUAGGCUCCUUUCUGUGGAUGACACAGACACACCCUCCAGUUGGAGAAACCUGUUCCAAUAAUAUAAUUUAAUAUGUGCUUACAGCUGAAUGCUAAUGGUUAUGAAGAUGGGAUAAAGAAUAAUUUGUAAAUUCAACCACAUAAAAAGGUUAAUUAGAAUACAUUGCUGAAACUAUUGUAGCAUAUUUAAGCUAAAAAUGUUUGUGGUUUUUAUUUAUUUUAAUUUAUUUUUACUUCCUUCCAGAUUGGUUUUCUUAUUUAAAAAAUUUUUUUUUUUUUAAAAUGGCAUUAUUUGGAAUAGGAGUCUGUAGUAGAUGACGAUUAGCAUUUAAGCCAUAUAAUUCCAUUUGCAUCUUAGACAAUUAGGCCUGACAUUCUGGGCAUUGGUGCUUGUAUGGCAGGGUGAAUCUUGGACCUGUGAUUUGAAAGUUGGGAUGGUUAAAGUAAUAUAGUUGGGAUUAUAGGUUUGUAUUCCUUGCGCUUUCGUGUCCAUGGCUAUAGAGAUUUGUCCCGAAUGCCACCACCUGCAACAUUAUGGCGGCAUGGCCAAUCUAAUGCUCCUCGUAGAUUAGCAUCAGGGUCUGGUUGCAAAUGCGUAUUGGGUGCAAUACACCCCUAAGCUUUCCCGAAGAGAAGCAGUAAAUACUUUCCAAUGAAGGUUGAAACAUUGUGUGACAGUUGUAUUGUCAUUACAGUGGAAAUGCCUCAAAUGUCUGUGUAACGGCCACUGCAGGUAUGUUUAACCUUUCAAGGUACACAUUGUAGUUCCUGCAAAACAGCAAUGUUCUUUUACCAUGAAAGGAUAAAAUGACAGCAUUAAUGCACAAAGGCAACUUCAUUAAGCAUACCGUUGUAGAGAGUUGUUGCAAACUAUAUAAAUAAAACUCUAGAAAUAACAGAAUUUAGUGAGAUGAAGACCGACCAUACCAUACCCUGCAAGGAUGAUGUGGUGGUAAAGUGCUUGGAAUCUCCUCUUUAAAUAUUGUGUAAUCUGACUCCCACUAUGAAAAAGCUAGCUUUUAACCUUUAUCACAUAAAUAGAAUCUCUAUGAAACUAUGCUUGGUUGUCCUACAUUCACCAAGGGGUUGUAAACUUUAGACCAAAUAACCCAACUGGAAUAUUAUGCUCCCUUAGGCUCCCUUUGGGUUUAAAUUUAAGUUUUUGGUUUAGGGAAUAAUCCUGGCAGCUUAAUAUUAAAUUGGUCAAUUGUAAUAAAAAAAACUGGAGAAAUGUAAACAAAAUAUCUAGCUGAUCUGCAAAAACUCUCCUACAAUACAAAAUGUAGAUGGAAAUAGCCAAUCAGUGACACAAGCAUGUGUUCAGUUCACUGUUGAGUCAAUAAACCCAGGUCUCAUGAAAAUAUCUGCUUCCUUUUCUAGGUUCGGUCCUUUCUCACAUUCAGAGACGAAAGCACUUUAAUGAGAGGGAGGCUAGUAAAGUAGUAAAGGACAUUGCAUCUGCUCUUGAUUUUCUUCAUACAAAAGGUAAGUAAAAAGUGAGUCACAGCCGUAUAUCAGGGGUGGGAGAUCUAUAAGAUCAGAACUGUCUUCUCCGUGAUGCUUUGCACUACUACACAGUCUAGACUGUGCUCCCCACGACUCGUCUUUCCUUUGUGUAAAACCAUUUUAUUUCUAACUAUAAAGGUCAUGUGUGAGAAGGUAAUAGUUUAGUUUUAAGUUCCUUGCAUUUAACCGUAAACAUUUCAAGUUUUCUAAUUUUUUUUUUUUUCUCCCAACCACUAAAUCAGGUAUAGCUCAUCGAGACUUAAAACCAGAAAAUAUUUUAUGUGAAUUCGAAGAUAAGGUGAACUUCUAUUUUUAUUUUAGUAACAUAUUUAGUUUUUGUGCUGAACCCUAUUUACAGUCUCCUCUUUGUCACAGCUGUCACCAGUGAAAAUUUGUGACUUUGACCUCGGCAGUGGUGUUAAACUAAACAGCGCGUGCACCCCCAUAACAACACCAGAGUUAACGACUCCAGUAAGUUCUAAUAUUUUAUUUUCUCUUUUUUUGUUUUGUGUGGAUUCUGUCUUUCAAUUAUAGUACAACUCCCUGUCAAUGGCUUUGCUCCUGACUCCUUCAGCGAUGAGCUCACGAAUGCAUGACUCUUUCGUCCCACAAUGCAUUGUGUGGUGAUGGAUGUGCAUGCUCACAAUAUGGUGGCAAUAUUUGUAGGGGAGGAAGUGGUUUGAGACUCCUUUAUUGUAGAGCAAAACAUUUAUUUAAAAUAUGAGUCUUGCAAGGACACAUUCAGAUUUAAUGGCCAACAGACGUUUUAUAGAACCUUAAUUUAAUCAACUUCUGAAAGGAAAUAUAUUUAAUUACAAUAAAAAAUAAAUCAAAACUUGUUAAAGCAAACAAAAACCCCUCAUCCCUACCUUUAUGGAACAGGAUCCUUCAGUCCUAUACAUACACCUUGGGUCAGGGUUUGAAAACAGUCUCUAUGGUCUUCCCUUUUUUUUUGUGCCGGAAGUAAAACUUGGAAGAUCAGAGACUUGCUCUUUUCAAACAUACGUAUAUAGCUGAAAGAUCCUAUCAUGCAUUAAAAGAAGGGAUGUAUUUUCUCAAUUUUUAUUCAUUAACCUUGUUUAAAAACUAUUUCCUUUAAUAAUUUGAUGAAAUUCUUAUACUAAAAAUGGUUUUGAGUGACCAUUCUUCUUUUUAAAUGUAGUCUUCAGUUUUUAUUUCCUAAAAUUAAUUUGUCAACAAACCCCUCUAAUGUGCACUCAGUUCUUCUGUUUGCUUAAAUACUUGACCAUUCAACUUGAAAUUAAGAUUUUAAAUAUGUUCUUGUUCAGCUGUGAGAUACACAAAAUUCCACAAGCCUGUUCAAAUUGCAAUCAAAUUAAACAGAAUAUUCUAAAUAAAAAGGCAGCAUGUGUGAUGAAUUUGCCUUUCUAAAGCAAAUGUGUUCCCAUAAGCUUCAUUCUACUUGCAGUAUUAAAGAAGACGGGGGAAAAAAAAUCUGAAUGUCUUGACCUUUUGCAUACUUGAUAUCUGCUCUUAUAUCGCUUAACCUCAUGAAAGCCACAUGUGGGGGGAGUUUAGUUUUUUUUAAUUUUAAUUAUGGCGUUUGUAAAGAUCACCAGAUUAAUUCAUUAAAUGUGUCAAAGUAAAUAUACAGUGUUUAACAGCCAGUUCAUAAAUUAAGCAUGUAAGGUUCAAUGUUGGCUUGAUGACCAGUCUGUAAUCUGCCUUCCAUUACCUCUGUACAGUGUGGCUCAGCAGAAUAUAUGGCCCCAGAGGUGGUAGAGGUUUUCACAGAUGAAGCAAACUUCUAUGACAAGCGAUGUGAUCUCUGGAGCCUGGGCGUUAUUCUGUAUAUAAUGCUGAGUGGGUACCCUCCCUUUGUGGGCAACUGUGGCACAGACUGCGGCUGGGACCGAGGGGAAGUUUGCAGAGUGUGUCAGGUAGUUACAGCCUUGCUUUACUUGUCAUUAAAUGGUUAGCAUUUCUCACUCCUACCUAGAAAUCACAAAUUCUCAAUAUCUACAUGUACACAGCUUACCAGUACAAGAGGAAAAUUGUCAGCACUACAUGAUAAAACAAAAAUGUAAUGAUUAUACGCUGAUACAUUAUGGUCUUGUGUUACUUGGACUUGUUUUGUACAAUUGAUACCAAUCAGUCACUUCAGUGGUGAAUUUGGAAGGAAAAAUGGGGGUACAAGGGAUUUGUUUUCUAGCUUAAUAUAGUUCUUCCUUUACAAUCUACUUGUCCAGACAGACCAUAAAAUAACAUGUAAACAUGGAGGCUGUGAGGUUGGUACACAAAACAUUAGCUGACUCCUCCAUUUAUUGUAAUCAACUCCAAUAACCUAAACUUGCUGCUGUCUCAGGCUCCACAGCACUGUAAGGAAGCUUUGUAUGUAUGUAAAUGUUGAGUGCAUGUAUGGGGUAUGCUUCUUGUGUGGGUUGCUGUGUCUGUGGAGGUUGAAAACGCAUACAUAGUGCAGGUGCUGGGAUCUUGUCUGCAGCAACGCUUAAAGGAGGAAAAAACCUAGCGUCCGCAUCUGCUCUAACCUCCCACUGCUGUCCUAUAGGAAAGCAUUGGAUCGGCUGAGAUCCUCCUUAUUAUCUUAGCCAGCAGAGGAGUGCUCGGAGAAACACAUUAAAUAGUAUUUCUAAAUUACGCCUACAUCACUCUAAACGUUUGUGUCCCAAACAUUUGUGUACCUGUUAACAUUUUAAGGACCCUUGGCCCACAUUUUGUUCUUGUCCCCCUCCCAUUUGAGAGGUCUUCAAUCACUGCAACAGGCGGUUUCAUUGUCAGAUGUUCAGCUAAAGUGACAUUUAUCCAAAUAGCCGUUGGAGUGUUGUACACAUACAGUCGCUCCUGGGUUUCUAUUUUAGUACAACAAUUACAUUGCCAUCUGGGUUGCAAUAAUUAACAGAUGCUUCACUGCUGAUAAACCAGCAGUGAGGUCAGUGGCAAUCAAUGCAAGGGUUGAAAUAACCACUAGUCUGCAAAGUGUUAAAUAUCUAAUAAUUGAAGAAAUGGGUUAGAGGGUCAGAUGGUAAAUAAAUCAUGCUAGUCUUUAACAACAAGUAACCUUGACUGAGCCACCAAUUAUAUUUUGGUUCUAAACUGGAAAAUUAAUAAAUAAAAUCGGUUACAACAUAUAACCACAGACAAACUGUUUACAACUAUUGUGUACAUUUAAGAUUCUGUAAGAUUAUUUUUAUUUUUUUUAAAACACUUGCCUGAUAUUGGGUGCUCGUAAUGCUAUCAUAGCAGUCUGUAACAUUAAAAAACCUGUUCCAGUGAUUACCUGCAGUCACCAUUUCAAUAUUCUAUUUUAUCUUUCUUUAGUGGUGCUUGUGAUGUCCGUUUACAUUUAAUGAAAUAAAACCUUUUUACUAAAGCGCAAGCAUAUUGACCUUGAUAGAAAGACAGGAAAGAAGGCGUAUACCGCGCCUAGUAAUUUAUAUAUGCUGAAAAUACAUAUAUAUCCUUGAAUAUUCCAAUCAAUCGCAACCUCCUGAGAAAAUUAAGAUGAGAAAUAGUGCAAUACAUUAAAUUAUAUCUUAAAAACAGUCAAUUAUGGCUAUGUACAGUCCACUCACAUUUGAAUGAGCUAUAACAGAGCUCUGCUGUGAAGCGCUUGGAUAUAUCAUCAUUCUGUUUUAUUUUAUAUGCUGAUCGCUGCCCAAAUCAAAUAUGGCCACCAAGCCAUAAUUACAUCACUAUGCCCAUACUCUUUCAUUGGGUAUUGGAGCGGGUGGCGCUCGGAACGCUACGCACGCCAUAUAUUGGUGCUGCCUGCGUCCCAAUGCGCCAGAAUAUUGUAUUCAUUCUCAAUUUUGUUGCCGUGGCCAUUUCCGGUCUGAUGCGAGCACUGCGUCAUUUCCGGUAUGACGCGUGCGUGUCAACACCAAGCCGGAACCAGGAAGUAAACACACCAGGAAAUCAUCAUUUCAUCAACCAGGAUAUAAAAAUGGACUUUUGGACAUUAUACCACACUUCUGAAGAAGCCUAUUAGGCGGAAUGCGUUAAGUGGGACUUUACCAUAUAUAUUUUAUCCUUUAUUAAUCUGUCUAAUUAUAUUAAAGUAUACUUUUUAAGUUACUUUUUAUAAUUUUUUUUUUUUUUUUUUUUAAUUCCUGGAUCCUGUAUAUCCUUGGUGGGGAUUAUACCACCCAAGCUGUUUAUACUGGAGCAAGUUAUAUGCUCUAGAAAGUGUAAGUACAAUACUUUUUAUUAUUCAUUAUAUUAUUAGUACUUCACCAUAUUGCUACUAUCUCUCCUUUAUAUCUACUAUGCACAUUGCACUUUGAGAACAUCCGUGGCAACUACUACAAAUCCAAAGACGGGGAUUGUACCGUCCAAGCGCUUCACAGCAGAGCUCUGUUAUAGCUCAUUCAAAUGCGAGUGGACUGUACAUAGCCAUAAUUGACUGUUUUUUAAGAUAUAAUUUACUGUAUUGCACUAUUCUUAAUUUUCUCUGAGGUUGCGAUUGAUUGGAAUAUUCAAGGAUAUAUGUAUGUAUUUUCUGCAUAUAUAAAUUACUAGGCGCGGUAUACGCCUUCUUUCCUGUCUUUCUAUUAUUGAGAGGUCUUCAAUCACUGCAACAGGCGGUUUCAUUGUCAGAUGUUCAGCUAAAGUGACAUUUAUCCAAAUAGCCGUUGGAGUGUUGUACACAUACAGUCGCUCCUGGGUUUCUAUUUUAGUACAACAAUUACAUUGCCAUCUGGGUUGCAAUAAUUAACAGAUGCUUCACUGCUGAUAAACCAGCAGUGAGGUCAGUGGCAAUCAAUGCAAGGGUUGAAAUAACCACUAGUCUGCAAAGUGUUAAAUAUCUAAUAAUUGAAGAAAUGGGUUAGAGGGUCAGAUGGUAAAUAAAUCAUGCUAGUCUUUAACAACAAGUAACCUUGACUGAGCCACCAAUUAUAUUUUGGUUCUAAACUGGAAAAUUAAUAAAUAAAAUCGGUUACAACAUAUAACCACAGACAAACUGUUUACAACUAUUGUGUACAUUUAAGAUUCUGUAAGAUUAUUUUUAUUUUUUUUAAAACACUUGCCUGAUAUUGGGUGCUCGUAAUGCUAUCAUAGCAGUCUGUAACAUUAAAAAACCUGUUCCAGUGAUUACCUGCAGUCACCAUUUCAAUAUUCUAUUUUAUCUUUCUUUAGUGGUGCUUGUGAUGUCCGUUUACAUUUAAUGAAAUAAAACCUUUUUACUAAAGCGCAAGCAUAUUGACCUUGAUAGAAAGACAGGAAAGAAGGCGUAUACCGCGCCUAGUAAUUUAUAUAUGCUGAAAAUACAUAUAUAUCCUUGAAUAUUCCAAUCAAUCGCAACCUCUGAGAAAAUUAAGAUGAGAAAUAGUGCAAUACAUUAAAUUAUAUCUUAAAAACAGUCAAUUAUGGCUAUGUACAGUCCACUCACAUUUGAAUGAGCUAUAACAGAGCUCUGCUGUGAAGCGCUUGGAUAUAUCAUCAUUCUGUUUUAUUUUAUAUGCUGAUCGCUGCCCAAAUCAAAUAUGGCCACCAAGCCAUAAUUACAUCACUAUGCCCAUACUCUUUCAUUGGGUAUUGGAGCGGGUGGCGCUCGGAACGCUACGCACGCCAUAUAUUGGUGCUGCCUGCGUCCCAAUGCGCCAGAAUAUUGUAUUCAUUCUCAAUUUUGUUGCCGUGGCCAUUUCCGGUCUGAUGCGAGCACUGCGUCAUUUCCGGUAUGACGCGUGCGUGUCAACACCAAGCCGGAACCAGGAAGUAAACACACCAGGAAAUCAUCAUUUCAUCAACCAGGAUAUAAAAAUGGACUUUUGGACAUUAUACCACACUUCUGAAGAAGCCUAUUAGGCGGAAUGCGUUAAGUGGGACUUUACCAUAUAUAUUUUAUCCUUUAUUAAUCUGUCUAAUUAUAUUAAAGUAUACUUUUUAAGUUACUUUUUAUAAUUUUUUUUUUUUUUUUUUUUAAUUCCUGGAUCCUGUAUAUCCUUGGUGGGGAUUAUACCACCCAAGCUGUUUAUACUGGAGCAAGUUAUAUGCUCUAGAAAGUGUAAGUACAAUACUUUUUAUUAUUCAUUAUAUUAUUAGUACUUCACCAUAUUGCUACUAUCUCUCCUUUAUAUCUACUAUGCACAUUGCACUUUGAGAACAUCCGUGGCAACUACUACAAAUCCAAAGACGGGGAUUGUACCGUCCAAGCGCUUCACAGCAGAGCUCUGUUAUAGCUCAUUCAAAUGCGAGUGGACUGUACAUAGCCAUAAUUGACUGUUUUUUAAGAUAUAAUUUACUGUAUUGCACUAUUCUUAAUUUUCUCUGAGGUUGCGAUUGAUUGGAAUAUUCAAGGAUAUAUGUAUGUAUUUUCUGCAUAUAUAAAUUACUAGGCGCGGUAUACGCCUUCUUUCCUGUCUUUCUAUUAUUCAUUUACAAGGUUGGGGAAAUCCUUGUUUUGUAUACUGCUGCUUGAUCACUAUAGCGAGCGCCUAUUAUUCUCUUUUCAUAUUGACCUUGAUGACCAAAUGUGACAUUUAAGUAUCUGUGUCUGAGUUCUAUCUACCCAAGGGCCAUGUACUGCACUAACCUAUACAUUAGACUUGUGCUUUAAUGCAUUUUCAGCUGGUAUGAACAAAUCAAAUUCCUUUUAAUCUACUCCCGAAUUAAUCCAUGCGUUCAGGAUUUACAUGUGAACUCUUAUUCAUGGACUAAGAAGCCCUGGUUUAAUUCCAGAUGGAUUAGCUUGUUCUGAUGUAGAUCAAGGAAUUUUAUUAAUUUGUACCAGUUGAAAAGCAUUAAUGUGCAAAUCUAGUUACUGUUCUGGUAUGACUGCUUAUUGUUGUAUUGCCCAUAUGGCUUGUGCAUGGGUUAGCCAUUUAGAGAUGCAGUAUUUGUAAUGACUUGACUGUUUUUUGCAUCAAAGGACCAAAUUUGAUCCGGUGUUUGCAAAAUAAAAUGGCAUCUCAAAUCUGUCUUUACUAAAUAUAUAAAUUACAUAAAGGUCAAAUUCAGUGAUUUCAGCCAAAUGAGCAUGUCUGAUUUGGUACCAGCCAAGGCAUGACUGUUAAAAUCCAAGAGAAUUAAGAGGAUUCUUGUAUUUAUCAAAAACAAAAUUGGGAUGUAGGAAGCAAUUUCACAAUACUUACCUGCUGUAUCCAGGCUAACCUACAAAAACCAAGAAGUCUGCUAUAUCUGUCCACUGGCUGCACAAUUCACAGUGCAACAUCCCAUACAUUCGUGCUAUCACUUGUUUUCGCUUUCUGCAACUUUUUUUUUUUCUCUUAAGUUGUGUGAUCAUUCAGUGGAAUUUUUUAUCCCCUCCCUUAACCUGCAUUGUAAAUGUGUUUUUUGGAUUUUUUUUUUUUUUUACAUGUUAAUAGAAUAAGCUUUUUGAAAGCAUUCAAGAAGGCAAAUAUGAGUUUCCAGAAAAGGAUUGGUCACACAUUUCCUGCCAAGCUAAAGAUUUAAUAUCAAAACUAUUGGUCCGAGACGCCAAGGAACGCUUGAGUGCUGCUCAAGUUCUCCACCACCCGUGGCUGCAAGGGGUAAGUGUAUAGUGCUUAUGAAAUGUGUUCAUUGGGAAAUAGAGAUCUAAUGGAGAUUGUAAACCUUUUUAUUUCUCAUGCAUCAUUUGGCUCUGUCACUUAAAUAUCAGAAUUUAUUUUGGGAGGGGUGGUUCCACUUUGCUUCCAAUUCCUGUUGAUUUGCAUCCCCACAGUUUAAAGGAACACUAUAAAGUACUGCUCUGUAGUAGUGGUGGUGCUAGGAUUUCAUUUCUUAUAAGUAUUACUUUACUGAGAGGGUGGUAGAAUGAAUGAAUGGAAUAACCUUCCAGCUGAAGUGGUAGAGGUUACCACAGUGAAUGAGUUUAAGCUUGUGUAGGAUAGUUAAAAGGCUAUCCUAACUGUAAGAUAAGGCCAGGGUCUAAUUAAAAAUAUUUAGAAAAUUGGCAGACUAGAGGGGCCGAAUGGUUCUUAUCUGCUGUCACAUUCUAUGUAAGUAGUACAACCAGGUUUGUGUGGUUUUUUUUUUGUGGUUUUUUUCCUGUUCUAAUUGACAACGUAAAUGGGGGAUGCCAGGACAUUCUUGGCACCAAAACCACUAUAGCAAGCGGUGUUUGGAGUGUUUUAAUGAAUAACUAUAAUUGGGUAUUUCACUUGAUUUUCUUUAAAAAAAGAAAUGCUGCAUGUCCAGAAAGUGUCUUGGUUUCAAAAAGUGUAUAUCUCUUGGCAUAUUUUUAACUAAAAUAAUGUAUAGCUUCAGUGCUAAUUUUGUGGAAUUCUGGGCAUUAUGUAUUUGUCUUUCUCCUCUUACCAGAGCUCAAUCUGGUUUGUAAUAAGCCCUUGUCUCAUAAAGUAUGUAUUGCACAAUGCAAACUGUAUUUUGUUUCUGUACAGUCUGUCCUCUAGAUUGUAAAUAUAAUUGUAUUCUACCCACAUUAUGGAAUACCUCAUGCAAUAUUUGCUUGAGUGGCAAGACCUUAAAUAAAUUCUUAAAAUAGUGUGAAUAUUGCCCUAUACAGCAAGCCAGGUAUUUGCAGCAAUAUAUGCUCUUAUAAAUGAAUUCUUAACUAUGGAUUGAAAGGUUCCAUAAUAUAGAAAUUUCCUGAUCUUCACGGCUUUAUGUUCAGUAUUGAUGAUCAUCUUAUGGCUGAACAUGGGGUAUAUGAACUACUCUUUGCAAUCCCACUAGUAUGACUAUCCUAUCUCUCUCUGCUUUGUUUCCCAUCAACUCAUGCCCCAACAUCUCGACCUCCGUGCAGCCGCAUGCGAUGGCUUUGGGUAGUCUGGUGCUUCCUAAUGGACUUGGCUUCCAGCCUGCUCCUCAGGGCACACAAUGUUUUUUUAGCGAUGCUAGUGAUGUUUUGCUUAUAUUUGUUCUCAUUCUGUUUUUAAGGAUGCUCCAGAACAUGGGUUGUCAACACCACUUCUGCUUCAAAGGUAAUAUUCAUUAAUUUUAUAUAUUUUUAUAGAACCUCUGGAACUACACUUUGUUCUCUAGUACAGGUUGUUUCAAAUGUAUCUCCUUUUAAGUUGCUAAUAACACUAUCUUUAUUUUAAAACAUUUUUUUAAACAACCCAGUAGGUUUCACAGAUAGUAUGUAUUGCAACACAUUUUUUCCUAACUUACUCUAGACAGGCAUAUUUUUGCUUCGGGAUUAGGCACCGCUGUAAAGUAAUGCCGUGUCUUUUUUACAGCUUUCUUUGGUCUAUCACUAUUUAAGAAUAUAUAUAUAUUUUGUAAUAAAGUUUUACCACUAUAUGUAUUGCUGACAAUAAAGUAGUGGUGAUUCAUUGUCCUACAACAAAUCAAAAUGGGCUGUUAGGGAAGCAUUACUAUACUGGCAGUUCAAUGUUUUAGCCAAGCAUUAUUGGGAGAGAACUGUAUGUAUGUAUAUAUGUAUAAAUGUGUGUAUGUAUAUGUAUAUGUAUAUAUAUAUAUUUUAUAUUAUAUUCAAGUGUUGCUUGCAUUCAUAAUUCAUGUUACUGGGAUUCUGACUGGUCAGUCUCAUAUUAACCUCUAACAGGCACAGCAGUACGAAGGACCUGACCCUGUUUGCAGCUGAAGCCAUUGCUUUGAACCGCCAGCUCUCUCAGCGUGACAGUGACCUGAUUGAGGAACAAGUGGAGAUCAUUCAUGCCAUCUGCUCAAUGAGGCUCUCUCCACCUUCCAAGUCGCGCCUCGCAAAGCGGAGAGCUCAGGCCCAGGCACGGAAAGGCAGUGGUCCUCAAACAGCCUAAGUGUCCAACGUCCAAACAAAACUUCACACAUCUUCCAUUAAGCGUUUAAAGGGACAGUAAAGUGGGAAAAUUACUUUUUUAAUUGCCGUAUUAAAAUUCUGGCUACUUUGACAAGACUGUUAACUAUUUUUGGGAUAUUCAUAGCAUUAGGAAAAAACCCGAUUUUACAAGAUGCUAAAGUUAUGUCUGUAGGUAAUGAAACAAUUUUCCAGGAGAAACAGCACUUAUUCUUGGCAACUGAAGUUCAUUGCCGUUUCAUGGCGCAGGUUGCCAAGGCAAGAAAUACUUCCAAGAUAGAACAUUGUCUCGAAUAAAACCACCUGUGUGUAAAUUUGAUAUUUCUGGCUAUGCACUUUAGCAUUGUGGGACUCAGAAAUGUUCAUAGAUUAUAAAAUGAAACCACAUUAUGCUAUCUCAAAAAUCAAAUUUAGUGGGCUUGUCAAAUUAACACAAUAUUUGGAUAUGUCCAUUAAGAUAAGCUAUUGUCUUUUCUGUUCCUUUAACUUUGUAGAUAUUGACAGGUAAUCGUUAACUUGUCCUUUUGGCUGCUGAGGGGUUAAUGCCUUGUGCAUCCCCGCAGUUUUUUAAGUCACGUGCCACUUUAUAAUGGCACCUGUGUGUUUUUAAAUUCUUGGAUUCAGUGAAUCUUAUAAAAGAUUUGCCGCUGCUUCCAUUUUAUUAACAAAGCAAACAAAAAAUCUCCUUAAAUAACUGUGACAAUAUAACUCUGACUGGUUAUGUCCCUCAGAGCUCCUUAUUUAACGUUAGAGCUUCCUCAGGUCUACGGGUUCUAUCUGGUACAACAGAAACCUUGCACACCGUUCGAACACUAAGCUAAGACUUGCGUUUUUAGUUUAAUCCUUAAGAUCUUUGUGUAUGAAAACUAUUCUCCACCCCCUCCCCCCUUUUCAUUAUUUAUUAUUGAACAAAACUGUUCUUCCUUAAAUCUGAAUUGCACAUCAGCCUGAAAUGUUACUUUACCUUUCUUGCCAAAAAUGUACUGUAUUGUAAAUGUUUAAGCAUUGUUUAAUUUUUCUUCUCAUCUCAGAAUAUGUAAAUGUGUUUAUUUUUUUUAAAAUUUUCUCAGAGUAUUUUUUUACAUGGGGAAAGAGUGGGAAUCAAACAGGAAUUUUAUAUAUAGCUGCCUUGUCACUGUGCCUGAAGGGAUGAGAUGUAUUGUGGGUAUUUUUUUUAUUUUUUUUUUCUUCUAUUUUAUAUGAAUGCAAAGAUCUUGAAGGGAAUGGAGUUGUUUUGUCAAUGUUAUUUAAUAUAUGAAAAUAAAUGUACCACAUCAAGUUUUACAUAAGGCUCUAUUUUUGAAUUGUGAGCUUUUCUAACUGUGUACAAAACACUGUUUAUGGGGAAACACGUCUCUGGUCAAAAGUAUUUCAUGACACACACAACCAGGCAGAAAAAGUACUUUUACAAACUCUAUAACAUUAAAUACUACUGCAUUCUGCUAACACAUAGAUCUGAGUGCAUAUUAUUAGCGAAUAGCGCUCAGAUCCCACACACACAGUUCAAUCGCCAUGGAGUCAAAGUUCUUAGUCUUUGGGUAUGCGAUUGACUCCAUUGGAAGGCUAUCUGGGUUAAGUCCUUUCGUGUGUUUCAAAACCCCCGAACGGCCGGUGUUCGUACGCUUUCGUGGAGGCAGCCAGGCGUUCCGUUGUUUCAGCGGUGUUCGGCAGAAAAAGUGUCCAUUUUUAGUUCCAUGAAAAUAGAGCCGAACACCGCUGGGCUUUCGCGUGUUUUAAAAUGGCCGCUGCCUCGUGGUCGACAUACGAACGACGACCACCCUGAAUUCGGUUUAAUUGAGAAGUGUCUGCGGUUAACCACAACAUUCUAAUUGGGAUCAAUAGGUUAACCAGCAGCACACUUCUCUCCUGGGUGGCCAUCCGUUCGGUAGUUUUGUUCGGGAAAAACAGUCAUUCGUAUGGCUGGGCUAUAGGAAACAGCCAUUUACACGAACGGGGCAGAAACAGACGAAUCCACCACAAUAAACAGACAGAUGGUUCUGUCACAGUAUUCAAUGUCAUUGUAUGUGUAUUUUGAUAUUAAUAUAUAUUUAUAAUAUUAAAAUACACUUAGUGUAUGUGUAUAUGUGUGUGUAUAUAUAAGAAAUAUGUAAAUAUAGUAUAUAUGAUCUAAGUAUAUAUUUAUUUGUACACUGUUUUAACAUGUUUUAAAUUUUUUUUCAGGCCGCAUGGGGAGUACCUGUCAUUACAGGCACUCCCCCUGCUGGCAUUGCUAUGGAGGGCUAUGCCGUCCAUGUGAUCGUGAGGUCCUCGCAAGGACCUGUCGAUCACAUGGCCCAGGGGGGCCGAAGAGGAAGCAGGGGGACUCCCUGGGAUCCCAGGUAAGUCCCCAUACCGCGAUCGCUGGCGACCGGGUAAGUAAAAAGGACGGUUAGGGCGUUCUAUGCCGCCCUCCGGCGUUUAGAGCCGGUUCUCUAAGGACGGCAUAGCACGUCCCCCGUCCUUAAGGGGUUAAUAUUUCACAGUAUUUAUUUUUAUUUUUAAAAACCACGGACACCAUUCUCUAGAGUUAGCCAAAUUUUGGCACUCCAGAUGUGGACUACAUCUCCCUUAAUGCUCUAUCAGCCAUAAUGAUAAAGCAUCAGGGGAGUUGUCUCACAUUACUAAGUAUAUAUUGUGUAUUUUGCACCCCCUCACUGUGUUUGUAUCUAUUUAUAUAGUGCGUUUGGAGUGAUUUUUAGACACUGGGGGUUGUUGCAAUUUCCUUUAUCACUUAGCGCCAAUCCACCUGUAUUUUAUCCAGCUCUUAGGUUAAAUAUCUUUUCUUGUUUUGUCUGCAUACCCAAUGCAGACAGCUCCUUACAGGCAUCACCCAGGAAAGUAUCAGAUCAUUGUUGUGAUAACCUGUAGCAACGCUCCGAUAAUGGAGGAGUUGAGUUCCGGCCAAGUUCUCCCUCCUACCCCAUUACUGGAGGGUUGGCAGGUGAAGUUCUUAUCUCCCCACCGUGCAGUCCAGACAGGAGGAGACUGACAGCCUCGCUUGGCUCCUCAGAGGGGGAGUUUGCCCUGCCCACCCCCCUCUUUCCGAAAUUGCCCCGAGUCUGGUCAAUGUGAAGGUUUGGAAGACGGGAUUGAUGUCCUUUGUAUUCAUUCGGCUGUAGCACCUGGACUUGUAUAUUAAUCUUACACCCUUUUGACAGGACUGGUAGUCUUAGAAAAGUAAGAGGGAUUAUAGAAGAGGAUAGUGAAAGAGGAAGCUCCCUGGGUUAGUGGUUUUGUGGUGGUGAGCCUGUGUGGCUUGACUCUGGUACCUCUUUUGGUUACAAGUUCCAGGCCCGUAGUGUCUUCAAACCUUUUUUUUUUUUUGGAGAUUGAAAGACGUGAUCCAUUGUGAGAUUAGAAGUUCAGUGGGGUAUCCCCUUUGUAAGUGAUGUAGUUGUUAUGGAGACCCUUGUAAUAGGUAGGAAUGUUCUCUGACUAUGGUGUCUUUAGGGGCUAUGUCAUGGAUUCACUUCGGUUUCUGCAGUCUCUGUGCCCUAUCUAGCAGACAGUUUCUGCUCUGCCAGCGCGGAAAGAUUGCUUGGAGACUGCAAAGGUAGGUAGCUUAGCAGCUGUGAUAUAGUUAGGGAUACCCCUUAUCCUGACAUUCCUCCAGCCCUGUCCUUUCCUGUUUCUCCUGGUCUGCUUCCUAUGUGGAGAAUCGGUUGUUGAGCCACAGAGAGCUCCUCCUUGCGAGCUUCCAGAUGGGAUGACCUGUCGCCCAACUGCUUUAUUUAUUUAGGCAGGUCUGCAGUUAUUCCUGUAAAAUCAUUUCCCUGGAGCGUGGCCCUAUAGCCUGCCUAAUCGAUCCCAGUGACUUGAGUGACCGGUUUAGAUAUUGUUACUGGUAUUGAUUAGACGAAGACAUAUAUAAUUGUUAUACACUAACCACAUAAUAUUAAAGUACAGAGAAUUUCUUUCCCCAUACGUUCAUCUGGGUCCUGCUGUAACUUUAGUGUGUCUGUAUGAGUGUGUAUAUGUAUCUGUAGACUGUAAAGGUUUCUGUGUAUGAGUUUUGUUUCCUUAUGACUGUGUCUGUCUUACUGUGUAUGUGUCUGUGUACGUGAAUUUGUUUGAAUGUGUAUGUGUCUGUAUGUCUGUGUACUUGAGUUUGUUUGAAUGUGUAUGUGUCUGUAUGUCUGUGUACUUGAGUUUGUUUGAAUGUGUUUGUAUGACUCUGAGGGAUAUUUAAGUGAUGCUUACAUUUGUCCGCUCUUGGCUGCGUUCCGGACAUGCCCCCGUACUUAUUACUUUUAUGAAUUGUUUUAGAACAAUUUGGGAACAUCGGAGGGCUUGCUGGUUCACUCAGCUUUCAUGAUUACUUAUAGGUCAAUGUUUCCCUGUGAGGAGCAUGCUAUUAGGCAAUCUCCACAUUUGAUUGGCGCAUGCACCAUUUCUCCAGGAAGAUGAGACUCGUCACGGUCUUCCCUGGAGGAGUGUGGACUAUUUAAGUAGGCUCGACUAAGACGCUGGAUAGAUUUUUUUAUUUUAUUUUUUUGUUCUUUCUUGGUAGGCUGCGAAAUAAACACUUCACUUACAGUGUCACCGCAUUUCUAGCGUUUCUGGAACUCUGCUAAUGCUAUGCUUUGAGGGGUUUAAGUGUUGAGAAAGAAGGGCACAUUUGUCGAAUGCCAAUCCUGAUGGAUUUCUGAGAUGUGAUUGGGACGUUCUAAUAUUUCCUGAAACAAGUGGGCUUUGCAUUUUUGCAUCCAUGGAAACCUGUUGUCAAGGCAACUAAUAGAUGGUAGUUCUGGAUGGGGAUAUUGGAUUGUUGUGAGGUUGGUGAUAGCCAGACAUGAUUUAGUAUUUUAAUUUUUUUUUUUUUCCUUUAAUGAUCCAUUCUUGAAUGUAUGUAGCAGGCUGCUGGCUUCCUUUAUAGAACCUGCAAUAUUUGCUACAGUACAGGCGAGAGCAUAUUAUAGCUUAAAAGAUUUGUGUGUUUAUAUGUAUAAAUAUAUAAUCAUACAGUGAACCAUGUACUAUGGGAAAGUAAUUCUACAUUGGGGUUCUGGAGACUUAACAAUAAACCAUGAGACUAAUUAUUCUGGAGACAUUCAUAGGAAAAUAAACAUUUAACCAUAAUUCUAUUCACUUUUAAGUUGUUUCUGCAAGGGUUUCUUCACAAAGUGAAGUGUACUAUAAUGCAGUUUUAUGAUAACACUUAAUAUCUAUAAUGAAGUCCAUCACUAUAAAUACAAACUACUUUCCAUUUCCUUGCUAAUUAUAUAUAAUUUGUCCUUAAAAGGUUACUGUAACCUUUCUUAAACCAUAUUUUCACCCCUUUUAACAGAGUUCCGAGCAACCUAUUUCACGUGUGGCGGGGGAUGUAACUAGCCCCCAUCAUACAAGUGCCAAUAUCCUUGUAUUUCAUAUAUAGACUCCAACCACUGGUCAUGGUUAGGUUACCAGGUCCAACCUUCUUUUUUUUUUUUUUUUUUUAGGCAGACGUAUAAUUUUGUUAUAUUUAUGAAAACGCAUGAAAAGCUUAGCCCUGCAGCAUGCAUAAUGCAAUGUAUUCUCUCUGUUGUACUUCCUUCUCAGCAGGCCAACCUUAUCUCCGAACAGCAUUAGGGAAAUUAAGAAUAAAAAAAUUAUCUGCAGAGCGGCAUCGGUGAGAUUAAGAAAAAAAAAUAAAAUGCUGAUCUUGUGACUAAAGGCAUACUGUGACUUGUAUUGAGACUGCUCGUUAAAUGAAUACUGUGACGUAUAUUGUCACAGUAUUCAUUUGUGUACAUUGGCAAACAUAUUACUAUUAGUUUUCAGUCAGCAAGGCUGUCAAUCGAACCCAUGCUCUGAAAUUGUGUUAUUUAAAUCAGACACAGUAGUCCAAACACUUGCUUUUACUACACCCAAGAUUUUGGCAUUAUUUAUUGCAUGCUCCUAAUGAUUAUAUACAUUAGAAUCUAUAAAAAAAUGUCCUGUAUUUAUGUAGUCUUUUGAUUGCAUUUAUAUCAUCUGAAUUUGAAUUGUUUAAUUUGCAAUUUCCACAUUAAUCCCGGACAUCAGUCUUAACUCAUGUGGGCCAUUACAGGUGCAGCGGUAACAUUUUAUACUGGAAACCCAUUUGAAAUUCAAAUUUUCAAAUUCAAAUCUGACGUUUGCUUCCCGUCUUUCUGUAUUGUAACACGUCAAUUAAUCAAUCUAUAGAUAAAAUCAUAUUUGAAUGAAAUUGAACAGCUCAUGAUAGCUGAACUUUAAAUAGUUCACGAAUCCUGAAUGUAAUAUGCCCUAACAGUAAAGAAUUCUAUCUUUUAUUACAAAAUGCAAUAUUUUACAUGUUACAUGUGUUUUAUUUGUUAAGAAGCAGAAACUUUAUUGGCAAAACGAAUUGCAUUAGACAAUAAAGCUUGCAGUCUAAUGUAAUUCAGUGAGAUAAGGGUCACGUUCUAACUGAAUUACAUUAGAGUGCAACAUUUAUUAUCUAACUGGAUAAAUUAGAGUGCAAGUUUUAUUUUGUUAUAUAUUUUUAUUGGUGGCAUAGUCACAAAGAUAUAUACAUAUUAUUUUAACAAAUUGAUGAUCUGUUAUUUAUUUGGAGAGCUGUCUCUUUGCUGUAUUAUAUACUAGAGUUUGAGCUUCAUGGACAAAAUUGAUUUCAUUUUAAUGCAUGGUUAAUUAGCAAAAUUAACUAAAUUAAACUGUGAGCUUUAUUGGUGAAUUGAAUUACAUUGCAGUGUGAGUUUUAUUGACAAAUUGAAUUCCUUGUGUGGAAGAUUUAUUAUAUUUAUCGAUAACAUUCGAAUGUGAGCUUUAUUGAAGAGGUGAAUUACGUUCUGGAAUAUUUUAGCACGUAGAAUAGAUUAGACUCAAUUUUAUUAUCAUUGUACAGUGUAUAAACAAAGACAAUGAAACACAGUUGGCCUUUGAUAAGAAAUACAGUAGUGAUUGAUCAAAAUACAAUACAAGAGAGAAUGUAACUCAGUAAAACUUAGUGACAUAAUACAUGUUAUAUCUAAACAAUAUAAUCCCUCAAUCAUUACAUUAACAGCCUAGUAAUGCAUAUAGGCAUUGCACAAUAGUGCCUCCAAUAUUAUACAAUACAACUAUAUAGCCUGACGCCUCCAUCCAACUAAAACAUCCAACCACAUACAUCACUUGCAAAUAAAGUGCAAGAUGUGAACAUGUAGGCCAUGUAUGUAAAGUGCAGUGUGUGAACACGUAGGUAAUGUGCAGAAUGUAAACACGUAGGCCAUGUGCGUAAUGUGCAGAAUGUGAACACGUAGGCCAUGUGCGUAAUGUGCAGAAUGUGAACACGUAGGCCAUGUGCGUAAUGUGCAGAAUGUGAACACGUAGGCCAUGUGCGUUAAGUGCAAAAUGUGACCACGGACGCCAUGUGUGUAAAAGCGCAAGAUGUGACCACGUAGGCCAUGUGCGUAAAGUGCAAGGUGUGAAUAAGUACGAGAUAAGAACACAUGGACCACAUGCUUUAAGUGCAAAAUGUAAACCCAUCAAUUGUGAAUAAAAAAAAAAAAAGCAAAUCGACCAUGAGCAUAAAGUGAAAUCGUAAAACCCACGAGGAGCAAAUUAUAAACCAAUAUACAAAUCUUGUAUAAAACAUAAUUUACCUUUUGGGCAAGAAAAUCACUCCAGCCAAUUCAACAAAUCCUGAGACCGUUAUGUUUGUAAGAUCUAACGUCUAAGCAUAGAAUUCAGAAACAUCACUGCAGAGGAAACAAAAUGAUUCCCAAACCUACAGGUCUAGGAGUAAUGGACUAUUAUAACGUUUCCCUGAAGGAAGACUAAACAAGUCUUAAAUAAAAAGUACUUUUUACCUGAUACGUCCGAGGUCACUAAGGGGUUAAGGAACAUAUUAGAAGAGUGGCCAUUAAAGAAACACAUAUUAUUCAUAUUCAAAACUGAUCUGAACAAAAUCAUCCAGCUACUGGCAGGGCAAAUCUGGCAAACAUGAAUACUGCACAAUAUUAUUCUGUACUUCUUGCCUGUACAUAUGAUAUAAGCCAGUCUGAACAAACGACUCUAAUAGUGCAUUUUGUAACCGUAACAUUUAAAUAUCCGAGAACAUUUCUUGGGGUUCUUGGACAUUCACAUAUUACAGUAACACCCAGUAGGAGAGUCACAUUCAAGCAGUGAAGGCUAUCCAAAACCAGAAUGGGAACAUUUAUAAUGCCAUAACAGCAGUUAUGGAGGAUACUAGUUUAGCAGGGGUCAGCUCGUGGCAAGACACUGGCAGAAGGGAGAGGAAUCCCAAGGAGGAAAUGCAAUUUAAAAUUUCUGUGUGGUGUAGUCUUGUGGCAUGAUGAACUCUACCAUGUAACCAUCAAAACACAAAAGACUGGAACGGGUUAAUAUUGAUAUUUAUGCAGAAGUUCAACAACUUGACAUGACAAUCAUUUCCUGUCACAGUUUAGUAGAUAGUGCCCAAUAUGCAGUUACAGACUUUAGUUGUUCAAAACGAAGUACAGACAAGGAUAAGGCAGAGACAAAGUCAGACAGGCAAAAGGGUCGGUUCAGGCAGCGCAGGAUAAUAAACGUAGAAUAAGUCAGAGGUCGGAUAUCGGAUAAGCAGACAGGAACACGGAACAACUUGAUAGGAGUAUGGAGCACAGAAUACCGAGCAAAGAUAGGUCUGAGCAGGCUUAUAUAGGAAAGGGGAUGGAUCACAUUUCACAGGUGUCCUACCUGUCUCCUGUGACCUCCUUCUAGAAAAAAAAACCUACUUCCGCCUAGAACAUCCAGUCGGAGUGCGGAUUCGGCUGAUGCAGCUCGGAAGCCGUGGUCUCUGUCGGUGCAUCGUGGAGAGCAGUGUAGGAGGUAAGUGUCUGAUCCAUGGUCGGGCAAAUUUAUCGGUCAGGUAAGAAUUUGAACAUGUUUUAAAAAGUGCACAGAAGAUGGCAGAGGAACUUGACAUAAGCUCGACAUUUCCCCUUGCAGAAGUUUGGGCACAUCACAAAGCAACCCAUUUUAACUAGGAGGAGAGGAUGAAUAAACCAAUGAUACAAAACAAAAAAUGAUAUUUUUUUUUGCCAGAAUGAGAAUUCUUUGCCAGGCAGGAGCUCUGGACAAUUGCUGCCUCUUGAGUUUAGCUCCACUGAGCUAUCCAAACCAGGAAGUAACAGGGCCGGUUGUGUGAUUGACAGCCAGGGUUGUAACAAGGUUAAUUCAUAAAGUUAUAUUUUCUAUUGACAUCUGCUCUUUUUGUAAAAUAAAAAAAGAAGACACACUCUUCACACAUAAAGCACCGCCUUAGGAGUCUGGAGUGUUCCUUUAAGACAAAGAGAACCCUAUUGGGUUAAAUAAUUGAAUUGUUUUGAUAGAAUAUAACGAAUACAAGUUAAUUUGCGUUUUUAGUAAAUGCUAUAAUGUGAAAUAUUUUUAACUUUAGAUAUCGUUUGCAUGAAGGACAUUACAGGAAGCAUCUUUAUAUCUUGUACUGGGAUCUCAUUAUGGCCAGAGCUAAAGAAUAAAAUAAUUUUAAAAAGCAGCGUAAAACAAAUGUCUGAUCCUGGUUUCUAAAUGAAGGUUUUCGUGGCGCUAAAUGAAAAAAAAUAUAUAUUAUCUUUUAAUAUUAUUUAAUUUAUAUAAAAUUGUUAUCUUGUUUUUUUUCCCCAUGUGAUUUGCAAUCUAUAAUUCAAUAUGUUCUUUAAUUUAGGUACUCGACUUGGAAUUGUCACUUCUCAGUAUUUUCCAUGUUCUGUUUACUUAUCCCCUAUAAUCUGUCCAGGAACUGGCUGCCUCCAUCUUAGAUUCCCGUCAAUUGUUUUUAUAAACAUUGACCUUUUUCUGAAAUUGGAGAUUGUGGAAGAGCCGCAACAAUGUUUCUGUUGUCCGUUCAUUUGCACUGUGUGUCCUGGCCGUGCUUAGACUGGACUGAAUUGGAUUGUGAUGUCACUUUCUAAAAUAUUUAAUAUGUACUUUAAAAGGAAACAAAAAAAGAGUAUCACAAGAAUUAAACGGAUUAAGUAACACUAGUUACAGGUGAUUUACAAUUGUUUAUUGAAGGUUGUAAUUUUAAGUGACAGAAGUGACAGUUCUACUUUAAACACUUUGCACGUUGAAACAUUUUAUGUCACAUGAUGGCACUAUCGCAUAUGAAAAGCAGAUGCACUUUGAUGUAUAAGGAUGUCAUUAAGGUUUAUAUAUGUGUGUUGGGUUCCACCUACGGAUACUCAGGAUUAUUCACUAAAGUGAGAAUUUCAAAUUUAAGAUUAACAUACCGGAACUGUAAAUAUGCAGCAAUGCACUCGGUUUUGCUACUCUGGCCUUAAAUUUGAAGCUCACUUUGGUUUUUUACUUAAAGUUUUCACUUUACUAACUAACCCUGUAUGUAAAUGCAUAUGGCACAAUUGUAAUUAGGUUUGAGAAAGGCCAGAUCUGUGACCAUAACAUUAUCUGUUUGUAGGCAUCAAGAAGGGAUCCCUAUAUCAGAGAUUUGUGUAGAAUUGUUUUAUUUGGCUAUUUAUAAUAUCUUAAUAAAAUGUUUCAUGGCUAGUUUACCUAUACUAGUGAUGAUUCUGCAGAUCUAUGUGCACUACAUUCCCCAUAAUGCUCAACUGUUUCUCAUGAUGCACAGUUGGCCUUUAGACUACAAAACAUUUAUUACUUCUAUUGUCUUAGUUCCAUCUUUUCCUUUCUAUACCCCACCCUUUCCUAAAUAACGCAUACAUGUCAACACCAUGAAUCGGUCUCCUGUGUUAGCAAAAGCUAUGUGUGACAGAGACUUACAUUACAUUGCUACAAUAGAUUUUUAAAGGGACACUAUAGUCACUAUAACAGCUUAUUGUAUUUGUUGUGGUGAGUAUAAUCAUAACCCUCUGGCAUUUUGCAGUAAACACUGUAUUUCUAGAGAAAAUGCAGUGUUUACAUUACAACCUAGUGAUAACUCCACUGGCCAAAGAUGGCUGCAAGAGGAACUUCCUGGGGCACUGCUGCUGUGUGAGCAGUACUGCUAUUCAGUGUCUCCACCAUCUCCGCAUGCAGACACUGAACUUUCUUCAGAGAUUCAUUGAUUCACUGUAUCUCUAUGAGGAGAUGCUGAUUGGCCAGGGCUGUGUUUGACCUGUGCUGGCACUGCCCCUGAUCUGCCUCCUUGACAGUGUCAGACAAUCCUAUGGGGAACCAGACAGCAGGCAGCUCAGAGGCAGCAGCUGUAGACUUGAAUACAAGUAAGAUUUGAUCAUAUUUAGGGAGGCAAGGGGGUGGGGGUCAGGAGGGCUAGAUGAUGGUUUUAACAAUAGAUGGUCAGGAAUACAUGUUUGUAUUCCUUUAAUGUUACACUGCUAGACCUAUGUACCUAAAAGUUACUCUAUAUCAUAUAUUUCCCUUCUCUUUUUUCUUAUCCUUCUCCCAUUUGAUGAAAACUCAAUAAAAUUCAAAUGUGAAAAAAAUAAAAAAAAUAAUGUGAACUAUGUUGUUCAACCAGCGUUUAGACUGAUCUCCUGGUAAAUAUAGCAUAUCACUAAUCCUUUAAAAAUAUGAAGCUAUUUUACAUUACUUUUGACCUUUUACAUCUAACACAUAUUGCUAUUUUUUGACCGUCCAGAUGUAAUCGGAACUUGCUAGCCUGAGAAGGAGGAAGUCUGAUAAGAAGUUAAAUAUUUAAAGAGGAUAUGGGUUAUUGCAGUGUACACAGGCGUUAUUAAACGUGCAUUAUAGCCUAUUAUGACGCACAUUCUAAACGAGCGCUACACUUGACAUUUUCCCAGACAUCUCUUCGUUUAUAUCGUACGGGUCAAGGUACAAAACUGUGGUAUUAACAACUUAGAAGUUAAUUUGCUGUGUAGUUGCUUGCUUUAUAUUAACCUUAAAGGGGAACCAUCUCUUACCGUAAUUUUUAUUAUUAUGUUAACUUAUCUUUAUAUUUAACAAAUAUGUAUUUGUGUGCUGUGAAAAAUAAAAUUUAUUAUGGAAAUCUACCUCUUUCUCCUGCAACUGUGCGUCUCUAUCUUAGCUACCAGUUUUUUUUUUUUUGUUAUAAACUCUGUCCUAGACUAUGAAAAAGGUUAAACACAAAUUAUAUAUGAUGGAACAGUGUAAAUGCCAGAGAAGUGACAGUUUCAAAACAUGAUAACCAAUUUACAUAGGACAAAUCAACGAAUGAAAAUAAAUUAUGUAAAAAUGCUAAAUAUUUUCUCAGUGUUGACAUCACAAAUUGAUGUUUUUUUUUUUAUAUAAUUCUUUAUUUUAGGAGUGCAGAGAUAAUUUCAGGCAUGAACAAAGACUUGUACAUUACAAUAUUUCACGGGAAACAGUAUAAGCAUAGGAAGUCAAGAGAUGCUGCACUUUUUUUUUUUUGGUUAGAGCAAGAUCGUUACAUUAGUAAUACAAGAAAUGCUACAGUGGUGGUAUUCAAUGUAUAUAACAGUUGAUUGUCAUACUAAGCUAUGAUAUGUAGAGUUUAAUCUUUUGAUAUAUAUAAGCAUGCUUAGUGAUUUAGGUCAUUCUUUAGGCUAACCAGGAUUAAUAUUAAGUAUAGCUCGACGCUAGUGAGAGUAGAUAGGUCAUAUACUAUGUUUUGUGUAAUGGCGUUGCAUAUCCAGGAUUACUCCCAGGUUGCUCACCCGAGAAGACAGGAGACAUGUUACAAGUACAGGCAGAGUGGGGGAACACAUAAUUAACACUAUGGAUUAAAACUAUUCUGUUGCAAGUUAUGCAUGAGUGAAGGUUGGUUAACGAUGUCUGCAUUUUUAGGGUGCCAUUAAUGCUAGCUAUUUUGUGUGUUAAAAUAAAAAGAUUUAUGCGGUAAGCUAUAUUCAAAGGCUCAGUAUAUAAACUUAAACAUGUUAAGGCCAGGCAGCAAUCUACAGGUAUAAUAUCACCCUGGCUGAUCAAAAGUUCGUAAGUCUGCACACACUUCAGGAACCGUCGGCAUGGUGGGUCCGAUGCUUCGUCGGUGGUAGUGGACAUAUGGUCGGCCAAUGCCUGUUCCAGCAUGUCGGCGUGACCCAAUGUUAGUGUCAUUUUAGGCUGAGGUUCUAGCGAUGUCUCUCCAGGUGCAUCACUUGAGCUUGCCUCUGUUGGGAAUCGGGAGGAGAGUGUUCUCCGAGAUGAACAGUGGGUGUUGCAUAUUCUGGCGUGUCACUGUGUGGCCCUCUUCGCUCGGCGGCAGGGUCGUGAGUGUGGAGCGGAGUCCCGGCAUACUGGUGCAUCCGCCGCUUUAGGUCCGGUAGGCCUACGCUGCUGCUCGCCUUUCUCGUGGCUAGUUGCUUGUACAGGUAGGAAAUCGCUUGGUGAGCUUUGAUGAAGUGGAGCUGCCAACUCCUCUGGCCCCCUGGGCCCGUGCCUGUUUGUUUCACUGGGUGUUCUGAGCUCCGCUGUUAUGCGUUCCCUUCUGCUGACUUCGGCGCACGUGGAAGCCGCCAUCUUAUGUGAUGCGGUCGGGCCCUUGAGUGUGAAGGCGGCGCCCCUGCGCUCCGGUUGCCAUGCCUCCAGGUGAGGACCGGGAUCACCCCCCCCCCGGCCCAUAGGGGGGGGGACAGGGCCGGGUCCGCCCAGGUUCGAGCCCCAGGCUGGGCGCUGUGAGGCAGGAUAGUGGUGCGGCGGCCGUCCGCCCCACUCACCGCCGAAGAAGGCCCCAGUUGGGACAUCAAAGUUUUCUCCUCCAGGGGACUGCAGCUUGGUAAGCCAGCCUCUCCCUGGCUCCAGCAGGCCUUCUGCUUUGGGCCCUGUAGCUGUCGGUCAGCUUUUUGGUGAAAGAUAUGUUUUUUUUUGUCAUAUUUGGUGCUGUGUAGCAGGAGCUUCUUUUGCCUGCGACCGUCCAGCUCGGCGGUCCGGCCCCGCCCCCCCCCACAAAUUGAUGUUUUUUUCAAUACCGCUGGUCGGUUACCUGUUGCUGCACAGGUAGGUAGGGAUUGAUAUUGAAUAUUUAUUAGUGACAUAGUGGGGAAUAAGAAUGAAACUUUAAGAUUUAUUAUCAUUUAUCUAGUGCCAACAUAUUGUAUAGUGCGUUACAAUUCUAGAAAGAGGAUAUUUUGAGGUGGAGAAUGCCCUGCUCAAACAAGCUUGCAAUCUAUGCGGAUUUGAGGUAGGUUGGUGUAGAUCGUUGGGUAUCUUGGCCAAGUACACUUACUGGAGUCGGAGGAAGGUUUCCCGGUUCUAAGGCAUUGAUGCUACCGAGCUCUAACCAGCCAAUAUUGUUUGAGAUCAAAAUGCACUUUUAUGUAAACUAAGCUACUCUUAGGUUGUGAGUUUUGAGGCUCGAGUUUCAGAAAAGUUCUAAACUGAUAACUGUGUGUUUGCCUAGCUGCAAGCUGUGUGCUGUUUUUUAGUGGAGAAAAUCUUGUAGUUACUCAUUAACUCUUUGUGUGAUGUUCAAAGAGGUGCAGGCCGGGUGCUGGUUUGAAUAUUUUAAAGGCGACAAAGCUUGCAAUUAAAAGGUUAAAACAGUCUCCUUAUGUAAGGUUUACACGAUAUUGUAUUAAAGAUGUUGGGACAUUUGUACUGUGUUAUUUUUUCCUCCCUGAUGUGCAUUAUCAGUCUCCACUUGAAUGCAUUUAUUUAGCUUACACAGGAGCUUGUUAAUGUACUAAAGGCUGACCGACUAUUGUAUAUCAAAGAGCAUUACAUGACUUGAUAAUUAGUAGUGAAAAGGUUUAAAGUAGCAUUUUAGGCUGGAACAGAUACAUUUGUUUGUACAUGAUGCACAUACAUAACAAUAAAAUUCUGCAAAAAUAAGUAUAUGAAAAUAAAAUAAUAAGAACUAAUUUGAUAUUCCUGACUUUGCUGUAAAUUGCCCGGCUUUGCUUCUUCUGCAGUGUGGGAUUUAGCUUACUUACCUUUCUAUAGUAUUACAGAGAUUACCCCAGAAGUAGUCCUUUACGGACACAGCCAGACCUUGUUUCCGUUGUAAUUAAACUGUAGUACAAGCUGAAAGUAAAAACUGCCAUUGAAUUAUAUCAUUAUUUAAAGUAAAAGUUUACUAACAUAAUAGCCUCUGCUUGCAUGUUUGUCUACUGCAUACACGGAGGUAAAUGCCUUAUUCCAAUGCAUCUCUGGGCUUACCUUUGCUACAUGGUGUUUGCCAUCUUUAUAUAAUCUUUUGUCAGGCGCACUGCUCGCCCAGUCAAAGAUUGUGCAGGUAAUUAGGAGUUAAUGCAUUCACAAGUCCUGAUGUGAUGUUCAGGCGUGACUAGGCGUCACAAAACGCGCUCUGAUUUGACGCAGGACACUCACAUUGUACGUGGACUUGGCAGAUAGGUAUAGCCUCCACCCAACGAAGAUUCACAGAUACCCCACCCCAGAGCAAGCUUAAAAAUAUGCAUUUAUUUAUAAGUGUGUAUUGCAAAAUCAGACACAGUCUUUCUUACUGAAAAUAAAAUAUUACACGUAAUAAACAGCGAGGCAAUUUUCCUGAUUCUGUGUACAGCAAUAUAUAUCGAGCAAAAAAAAUAAUGUCAGGCUUGGAGCAAGAAGCACAAAGGGCUAACAGAGCAAAAUUAUUAUUAUUAUAAUAAUUUUUUUUGUCAGAUUGCCCAGUGCAUGGGACAGAUAUUUAUUUAUUUAUUUUUGUAAAUUUUUCUUAUUACUCAAUCAGAGAGCAUUACAGCAAGAUUGUCAAGCAUGGUAGCAAAUGUUAAUAUAAAACACAUCACAUACUGUAGUAAAAUCAACCCCGUAAGAACACACCCUGCACAGGGUAAGAAAACUAGAAAACAGAGAUGCUUAGUACAGGGACAGCAAGCUUAAAUGACCACUAUAGUCACCCAGACCACUUCAGCUCAAUGAAGUGGUCUGGGUACCAGGUCCGCCAGGUUUUAACCCUUCAGAUGUAAACAUAGCAGUUUCAGAGAUGCCUCCCUAAAUAUGAUCAAAUCUUACUUGUAUUCAGUCUGCAGCUGCUGCCUCUUAUCUGCCUGCUGUCUGCCGACAUCAUCAGAAAUGAUUAUGUGAGCCAAUCACAAUGGUUCCUCAUAGGAUUGGCUGAGACCGUCAAGGAGGCAGAAACUGCUAUGUUUACAUUGCAUGGUUAUUCAGCCUCUAGUGGCUGUUUUCCUGACAGCUGCUAGAGGCGCAUCCGCGACGCUCAAUGCGAAAAUCGCAUUGAGCAUGCAGAACGUCCAUAGGAAAGCAUUGAGAAAACCUGUAUAGAGAUUUAUUGUGGGCAACAGCUAUGAAAGCAAGUCUACCUUGAUUAUAUUGGAAACAAACAGAAAAUUCACUGUUCAACCUGUUGGAGAGAGUUGCUGGUAAUGGGAUGAAAUAACAUCUGUCUUGAAGCACAGACUGCAUGUUUGACAGAAAAUAACUGGGCAAGUCAUCUCCUAAUAAGAUGGGGUAGUUCAGCUUUGUCUAUAGAAUGCCACCUUAGCAUUCUACCAGCGCCUCCUAUCUUCCAUAUCAUCCAUGCAAUUUUGAAGCUGGUUUAGGGAAGUCUGUAAUGCCUCCACUGUAUUUUCCAGGGUGGAGAUGUGGUCAUCAUGGACUAUAAUGGUCAGUUCUGUGUAAUGUAUAUACCACAUUAUCCCCUCCCUGAAUUGCCACAUGUGAGCCACAAAGUUGUGACGUAGAUCCUCCAGGAGGCUCUUCAAGGCCUCCUUUGUCACAGAUAAGCCUUGUGCACUCACAAGAGGAGGCGAUAAAGGGCCCCCAACUUGGCACAAAAUUAUUAUUUUAAAAGAAUACUCCAAUAUGCUGUAGUUGUUAUGGAGCUUGGAGUAUUCCUUUAAUUAUAUAAAAAAAAAAACCUUUACCCAGCAUAAUUAACUGUAAGAUACACUGCACAUUGCCCCAAAUACGCGUGGAUUCCUGGAGUACCCCAGUGAUAAAAAUGUAAUUGGUGAUUCAACUACCCCAUUAGCAAAAGAGAAGAGGUAUCAUUCACCAUCGAAUCUGAAUACUUAGGUUGAUUAAUUAAUUUCUGUACAUACCGUAUUUCCCUGAAAAUAAGGCCGGGUUAUAUAUUAAUUUCCCCCGCGAAAAACGCACUACAGCCUUUUUUCAGGAGAGGUCUUAUUUCAGAAAAAAACGUGCUAGAAAGCAGGUCUAUGUUUGGGGGAAUUCCCCCGAAUAUAGACCAAUUCACUAGGGUGUGGAAUCCUGCAAAUCUAUGUUCAGGGAAACUCGCUAAUAGAAUACCGCAAAUCUAUGUUCUGGGAAACUUCCCCGAACAUAGAUUAGCUUACUCGCAAAUAGAAUUUUGCAAAUCUAUGUUGGGAGAAAAUUCCCCGAACAUAGAUUAGCGAACGAUUAGGGCUUAUUUUCAGGGUAGGACUUAUAUCAGGAGCACUCCCCCGAAAAAAGCUAGGGCUUAUUUUCGGGGAAUGUCUUAUUUUCAGGCAAACACGGUAUUAGAGAUUGUUUUCUCUAAUAAACUGACAAGACCACCAUCUCCCACUCUGCUGAAUUUAAGAUUUCUAUCUAUUUUGAUCUAAAUUUGUCAAGUCAGUUGUCAACUCAUAACAAGUCACUGUUUAACAAACUAACCCUUAUGUAUUUGUUAACGCCCUUUGCCCAGGGCUGGGAAUACGCCACUAGAUUUACAGUUAGACAGUAGCUGCAGUACUGCCUGGAACAGGGUGUUCUCAUCACCUUUGUUUGAUACUAUUCCCUUAGCUUGCUAUUUGUUUGUAAUUCUGAUCUAAAGCACAGUAGCUCCACUUUAAAUGGGGACUGAUUUCAAGAGAUGUUGCACCUUGCCAAGCUGUCAAUCAAUCUCCAUCCUGAUUGCUUUAUGUUCCAGCAGCCAGCCAGCAUAGAGCAGUGAUUGGUGCACAUGUUCCCUGUGUCGUAAAGCAUCUCU